UUUGAAGAUGACAUGAUGAUUAUAAGCUCUGCUAAAGUUGAAAAUUUUGAGCCGUUUGGUAAAGCUUUCUGCUCGCAGCAUCCAUUUGCAGCAAGCCCUUGUGAAACCCAAGAUGGUUCGCGUUCCAAACAAGGCGCCGAAUCUACGAAUAAAACGGUAAGCUUGAUUUUUUGUUUUGUUUUGUUGUAAGUUUUAAUUUUGAGCAGCUUGACUAUUAGUCAUGCACGUAGAAUUCUCAUUGUAUUCUUCACAACAAGGGAGUAAGACUCAAUUCCGCCGUUCCUCUUUGACUUGAUGAUUCUUCACCCAUUCCAACUUUAAUAGUGGAAGAUGGAAAAGUUAUUUCGCGGUUCAGCUCCCCUGCUGAUCUUGGAUGGCAUGCAAAAGUCCUCAAAUUCCCCAUUACCUGCGGCCUGCUUAUCCCUCCAAUAACUAAAACUUCCUGCAAAUUCCCCAAUAUGCCCCGGGUGGGGUGGAGGGUAGGGGGGUGGGGUGGGUUGGCGGGCUAGGAGGUGUAAGGGUUAACAUUUACUGGUCCUUUUAGUUUAACAACCUUAAACUUUAUUGAUGGUGUCCUUUCUCCCAACUAAUGCUUUCUAACCAGCCAGCAUUGACCAAAUUUGGAAGGUGUUUGUUUUUUUUUAGUCUUGCUUGCGUAAGCAACAAGACUCAUAAUCUGCAAGCCUUUUUUUUCUUUGUAUUAAUUUAGUACACAAACUGACAGUUUUGUUCCUAGGCGUUUCUAGUGGAGACUGUGGAAACUGGGAAUAAGAAUUGUUGCAUGACCAAAGCCAGGCAUGUUUUGCAAAGAAAGCUUACGUUUAGAGCUUUUCCAGAACGGGUCAUAAAUUCUAUCGCUUGAAAGCGUAGAUUACUUUGGAACAAGUGAACACUUCUGUGGUCGAAAAAAAAAAGAAGAAUCUUAAUUAGCAAAAGACUAACUGGUCGUGAGCAUGGGGUUUAUUUCGCAAUGAUUGAAAUGACUUGCCAUGUAAAUUAAUUUUUUGAAGUCUGGCAGUGACGUAAUUUCUCUGAAGUCAAGGCCCUUGAACUUUCGUGUAUUAAAACAUGCGUAUAGCCUGCGACCGCAGACAUAUUUCCAGUCAUCGCUAACACGUGUACUAAAUAAAUUUGGAAACAAAUGAAAAGUAAAUAUUCAGAGGUGGGAAGUGAAAAACCUUUAGUGAGUAAAUCCUGUUUCAUGUUGAAUUAAUCGCCUCCUCAUUUCUUGAUCUACAUUUUGUGAUCUCCAAGAAGCAAGACUUAACACCGCUGUGAGAGCAUUUUUGUUUUCAACAUGAUUUCUGUAAAUCAUAUUGAUAUUAAAAGUUGAUACCAAAAAGUUUUGCAUAUUGUGGUGGUUGCUUCUUUGGCGGAGGACGAUGAAUUUUUUUAAUGUUGUUAUGAACCUUUGGGAGAAAGGACCAAGUUUAUUGUCAUGGUUUUGUUGCGAGGGAACUGCAGGACAUACAUGAACAGUACAGGCCAAAGUAAUUGCAGCAGUACAUGCAUGUUUCUUGCAUGCAAGUAAGCAAUAUUACAAGCAAAUUACACUAGAAAUACACAUGCGAAACAUGCUGGUAUAAAAGUAAACCAAAUAUAAAGUAUAAAGGCAUUUUUUCCAUUUGUCAGAACUGGCCAGCUGGACCAUUGCUGCUCAAGUCAGUUAGCAAAUGAAGUAGGUUUUUUGAAAAAUUAUCUGCUUCAUGCAUACUAGUUUAGGAUUUGACUGAUUUGGCUGGAUAGUUUUGAUCAAAAGUGAAAAUCUCAAUACAGUGUACGACAGAAAUGGUCUGGCUGGUCAGUUCUGACAAAUGGAAAGCACUCAGAGAUUCCACUGAAGUGAUUCAAUUCCAGCAAAGCUAUUUUAUGUUCGUAUUAUUGUGGCUAGGAUUGUAGGGCUUCAUUUAUUUUAAAUGAUGUGUAUCCUGUACAUGUACUGUUUUUGUGCUCAUUGCAUUCAUGUACAGUACUGUAUGUGAAGUUGACAGUGUUUGACUUGAUUACAUGUAUGAAGUACGAUAAGGUGUACAGUGCUAUGGCAGGGUAUUUUGUUGUUCCUGUUUGAUAUUUUUGUAUUAUUUUCUAGGGUUCCAAGUGGAAGUUACAAUCAGUAAAGGAAAAUCCAGAUUGCUAUGAAGAGGUACACUGUACUUGUGCAUGUAAUACUAUACAGAGCAUUUUUUAGAGUUAUGUAUUUUUUCAGGGGUUUUUUUGGCUUUUAUUUGUAAAGCAAAAUUUAUUCAGUUAAUCUUUUAAGCCUCCAUAUCCAAAUACAUGUACAAAUUUCUCCAGACUGACUUCCAUACUUGUCCUUAACAAAUCAGUUGAGAGAAUUUGUUAACAUAUCAAGGUACUUAAAGCCUUGUACUGGAUUCAAACCCUUGACCUAGCUGCGAUACCAUUGCAGUGCUCUACCAAUUAAGCUAACAAGCCAACUGGGAGCAGGUCGUUGAAUUGGUUCAUUAUAAACCCAUGAAAGGAUGAUGAUGAAAUUAUGAACAUCUGAAAAUCAUACAUGUGUACUGCAGAGUGAAGAAUUAUUUGACGGAAGAUCAUCGCAGUUAUAUACGCAACUUAUGCAGGUGCGUAUAUAACUGCGAUGAUCUUCCGUCAAAUAAUAUUGUUAAUUCAAAAAAAUAAUUCCACUUUCAAUUGAAAUUUGUCUUUCAAAAAAGUCUUUGCUUAAAUUAAACUCCCUUGUGUCUCAGUACCAUUGAAACUUUUGUUUUUGCCAUUGUUGAUUAAAGAGGCAUAUCCCUCUCUUGUACCACAUACAUAGAGUUACAGUGAACAUGUACUACUGGAUUUUUGCAAACAAAAUAAUGAAUUUUGAGGCUGUAUUCUUGCACUGCCUGUUGGCCCCAUGGUGCCUAACUUUUACCCCUGGGUAAUAGAGUUCUAAAGUGAUGAUGUCAUAAAGAUUAAAUUUCUGAAUUUAUGGCAUUUGUCAGGAUAUUCUGAAAGAACAUAAUCCUAUAAUUUCAGAAAUUGAAAUUGUUAUGAUGUCUCACUUUAGUAAUCUAUCAGAAAGUUUUAGUCAUAGAAAUCAUAGUUAUGCAGGGCACCGUGGAUUUCACAGACUCAAGCUCAGAGCACUUCCUUGAAAAAACAAACAAACAAAAACAAAAUUCUACAAUUUUUUACUUGGGACAAGUGCAUGUUCACCAAAUCUUGUUCACUCUUUACAUGCAGUUAUUUGUGCAAAACAACACUGUUGUGUGGAGUUGUGGCAAAUCUCAGAAAGUGAGGACAAUUCAAAAAUGUUACACUGCCAAGAAACCAGUAAUGGAUUGCUUGUGGUGCACCUUUGAUCUUUCUGAUUGUUCCAAUCCAGCAAAGGAAAAUAUCGAUACUGGUAACGUUAGAGUUAUUUGUUUGAUAAUUAAAAUACAGCUGUGAUAACCUGCUGAUAAGAACUUGCCUUUUCCUACUAAGUUAAUUAGCCAAAACAGGUCCUUACCAUGUACAUAAAUGGUAAUUAAAACAAAUUUAGACUGUUUAGGUUCUUAGGUAGUUUUUUUUAUUUUCUGAAGGAAAAAGUACAUUGUAGCUAAGUAAUCAAGUAUUUAGUGGUAGUUCUUUCCUUACAUGUACAUAAAGUCUGCAUACUAAAUUAGCUUCGCAGUUGGAGUGAUAAGGCACCUACAGGUCUUGGAAGAGGAUCCUGAAUGUUAACUUAUCAUCUUUGACCAAGUGUACAGAAUUUUUUUAUUGAUUUUAGAAGAAAAAAGAACCUGUUUCAAAUUUUAGGCUAAAGAGAGAGCAUAUUUUCUAGGCACAGUGCAAUUUUCCUUGUUCUUUUGGAAUAAAUUAAUGCACAUUUCCUCUCCUUCAUACUUUCUCUUUUGUACUAAAUUAUAGAUUAAAUUUAAAGGAGCAUAAUAAUACAUGCACUCUAGCACACCGUACCGGGAAAAUUUGAGCUGUGCAAAGUUAUUACUUACCUAUUUAUUAAUUUAUUAUUAAAGGUUUUUUGUUUCACAGUAGGUGAUGCAUCACAAAGCCUAUGUGUUGUUCAAGAAGACUGCAUUGAUGUGUUGACAAAAGAUGGUGCAUUGUUUACUAUCACCCUACCGUUCCCAGUGAGUUCACUCUGAUUAAUGUUUGACAGGUGUUUGUUUACUUUUCUGCAUUAUCAAUGCAAAGCUUUGCUUUUCAAACACAUUUCCUUGACUUAGUUGAUCAAAAAGAACCCCAGGAAAAAAUUGUACAAUACAGUCAUGUACCCAAGCCCAGGUUUGUGUGUACUGCAUGUAUGCCACUGUUUUAGAAAACCAUUGAUUAUAGAACCUUAAAACUGAGUCAAGAAGAAGAAGACUACAUAGACGACAGUGGUGUUAGUUAAUCAUUACGUGUAUGUCUCUCAUGCAGCAUGUCUGUUUCUAAAAUUUUAGGCAGAGGUCAAUUUAAUAAGACUUUUGGCGGUACGGUGUAAUUUACAAGUGUAGCUAUUGUUCUUAGACUCUAAAACAAUGGCUACACUAACCUUGUAAAUUACAUGUGUAAAAGUUUUAUUAACCCAUUCGCUCCUGGAGAUUUUGCCGAAAAACGCGUUUUGAAGCUAGUCGAGUGGUUUUCUGGUCACUGUCGUGCUAUAAAGAGCUUAAACUUACCACAAACUGGUUUACAGGUCGAACACUUCGUGGCCUUCUGAUCCAGAUGCAAAAUAUCAGCUGGAGAAGUUUGGGCAUGCGCAGAAAGCAAAAUUUCGACAUAGUUUUUGGGUUUAAAAGUGACACAGCAGUCUUGACUUUUACUUUUCGCUUUCUCUCCUUCCUUCUUUUUUCGCUUUUCUUGCCUCAUUUUUUUUUUCUCUUGCUGGGCAUUUAGUAGGCUUCAUUUUGGUGGGAAGAGUUUUUAGGAAAGCUUUUAGGAUCUUAGGAUUAGGUGAAAGGAAAGGUAGGUGGGUAAUGGAACAAGAUUUUCAUGGAGAUUUUCAGGUCAAUGUCACGUGGUUUUUUGCUUGUUUCUCCGGUGUCCUUGACUGAAUUGUGCUCAUUCUGGUAUGGUUUGAAAGAUCUCUUCACUCUGCAGAAGUUAACGAAGAAAGUUGUCCUUGACUGUUAAAACUGAUGACGUCACAAUGGGUAGAAAGGACCUGGAUCCGUUAAAUUGUCCCCUGACCAGGUUAAUUUCACUGCUGUGUAGACUGUUUUCACUUAGAAAAGUCCAGCACAUUGGUGUCCCAAAAUAGUGAAAUUGUGGCCAUAUUGUUGUCUCAAGCAAGUCCUGUGGAAGUUGAACUUUUUCCUGUUUUUUUUUUUUUUACCGGUACUUUCUUUUGUUCUAUUUAAUAUUAAUUUGCUUAGCUGUUAACAGUGUGAGAAAAGGCUUUAUAAUAAUGCAUGGUCAUGGCCUUAAGUGGUGUUGCCACACAGUGUAAGUAAAAUGAAUAUAAUUAUGGUUGUUGUAAGUUGUACAAUGCAGUCGGUCAGCUAAACUUCUCUCUUUUCAACAUUUUAGGUAUCACAAGUAGUUUCGUUGCAAAAAGGUUUGUUACUUGAAAGAGCAACAACACCUGGAGAAGUUACAGGACAGAAAAGGUAGGUUGUCCUACAGUAUCUCAUUUUACGUAUCAUCACGAAAAGUGUUUCCCUACUGCUCUAUUAACUACCACUCAGUUAGCUCAAUUCAAUAUGGGCCAGUCUGCCAAGUUGGAGGUCACUGGUUCAAAUUCCAACUGGACCUUAAGUAUCUGAGAAUAAAGUGCUGCCUUCGUAAAGACUGCAUAUGGUUAGAGUUUUCAGUCUUCUCAGAUAAGUACAUGUAUAAUAUACUCUACGCCCCAUCUCACAACUCAAAAUCAAUUAUAGUAAACUCUGCGGGAUGUUACAGAACCAACGUUCUGUUCAUAGAGAGUACUAUACAGUAGGGGACUUAGUUGCCAGUGUGGUGGUUUAUCUCUUAUGGGGGGAAGGACAGUCAUUGGUGCUAUAUGCUAUUGUGUUGACCCUACCAAGAAUAUUGGUGAACCUAACUUAAUUAAUGGUAUGCUAAUAAUAACUAAUGCCUGUAUGUAACUACAAUUAUUCACGUCAGGGAUGUUCCCACAAUAUUCAGUGUCAUGCAUCCUUUGGAUGAACCAAGGCCAGUCACAUGUAAAGUUCAAGGCAAAGUAUGCUACAUUUGUGACCCAGCUGUAAGUGUGGUGUUUACAUGCAGUGAUCCUGCAUUGGUCAUGACUUACGAUUCAGUCAUUGGCUUGCAUUCUGUAUGGGAAGUAACCAAAGCCAAACCUGAGGUAAGCUUUCUCAAUAGAAGUUUGAUUUCAAGAAUCAAUGUUUCUCUUAACAGGGCUGUUAAGAGCCGGGAGCCAGGGAUUUCCCCAGUUAUUAUGAACGUGGCCCCCGCCUACUUGCAUAGGAAAAUGGAAGAAAAAAUGGAACCAAAAGAAAUCCCUAGCCGUUUGAUUUCCUGCCUACAAUGUACUUGUCGUAUUUUUCCAGCAACUUGAGACCUUAGUGACAUCCCUGUCUUAACAUACAUGUACCAAGGUUUUGAAUCUUUGCAUAAAAAGACCCUCCCACACAGGGCUGUGCUCUAGCAGAGCACAAUGGCCCCUGGUGUCUAACUUUUGCUUUUGGGUGACUAGAAAAUCUUACUUUUUCAAACAAACCAUAUGCUUGGCAUUGUACAUUUGACACUUUCAAAGCACUGGGCUCCCUUACUUACAGCAGAGCCUUGUUUCCACAGUUUCUCAACUUUUGACAUGUCAAGGACCUGAACUAGGUAAAAACUCUGGAAAGAGUGCUGCAAAAUAAGUAAAAUUGCCAAGUUUCAAAAUUAUACGCCUUGAGCAAGCAAAGAUGUAGCUCCACAAAGUUGUGAAAAUUUACAGACACUUGUACAGUUUUGUACAAAACUUUACAGAGUUUACAGUAGAGUUUUGUUCUCCUCCCUGCCAUUCAAAUGUAUACAAAAAUUUCCUGGCUUUGAUCGAGGAGCUAUAUCUUUAUUAGUUUCCACUUUCACUUUUACUUUUAAAUUUGGCAAUUGUGUCCUUUGCAGAGGAGUUGACGGAUUUUCCCGAACUAAGUAUCUAGUCCAAGUCAAAAGUUGAAGUAAACCAUUCAAAGUUUUAUUAGUGUCAGGAAAAUGGUGCCUGCCCUUUGGAUGGUCAAAAGAAUUAUUAUUGGGGAAUUAGAGAGGUUUCUGUUAAAAUUACAUACAUGUAAUUGUGUGUGUAAAAAUUUGUUGACUGUAAACCUUCUUUUCUUUUGUUUGAUAGGAUUGUCCAGCAUCUCCAACACACUCAGACCAUCCCCCAGAGUUACCAUUCAGUAACAUUCUUCACCUUCCAAUGUCAGUGCUUAGUGCUGGCGCCCAUUCACGUCUGUCUGUCUCAACUCCUACCCAGUCCUUCUCUCCUUUCAGACCCUACACACCCACUUCUGCCAUCAGGGCUCAUGUGCAAUCUCCAACUCCAAUUCGUUUAAUGUCACCUUUGCUGAGUCACAUGUCUCACAACAGGACAAUGAUUUUGUCUCCUGCCAUUGGUUAGUGAGAAAAGGUUUUGUAUUAUUGUAUACACUCAACAAGUUUUAUUACAGCAUGAAGCACUGUCCUAGCCAACAAAACUAUACUUUCGAACAGAUGCGAGCUCCUAUGUCAUAGAUUUAUGGCUGAGAUGACAGACACCUGUGAUCACCCAUUAUCGUGCUUGGCGUCCACUACUGUGCAAAGAACUAAUCCUUGUAACCUUAGACCUGGCUCUUCUCGACCCUUCAAUAAGUUUAUAAUAACUAAGAGAUCAGACAACUUUUUUGCUUUUAAAUAUUCAUCAUUUAAGUACAGUGACGUGUAUCCGUCAUGAUUAUCAUUUUAAGUUGUUUUUUUAAAUAGUGUAAUUAAUAGAAAUACAUACAUUACAUACAUUGAUUCAGCAGAUUCUCCAUUGGGAAUUAGCCUCAGAUCUCCUCUUCUUGUUCGUUCUCCUCCAACAUCAUGUUCCGCAAGCAGAGAAGAAUCAUCUUGGGAUAGCUUUCAGCCACUGUUACCAGAAGUGUGCCUUAGUCAGAUUUGGCAAGAAACACAAAUUGCUGUCAGGUACACUAAAUUACUAAUAGCAGGCUGAACGGUUUCACUAUGAGAACUUGUACUCUGACUUGUUGUACUCUUUCAAACUUCUAAGUACCAACAUUGUACAUGUAUUUACACUGUGAAAUCCUACAAUAUUUCUAAAACUUACAUGUACAAGCCAUCAGGUUUUUUUUUUGUCCACUCUCCCCACCUUUCAUAGGUAAGAUAGUGGGCACUCAAGUGGAGGCAGGUUAGAAAGGGCAUCCACUAUUUAGGUUGUUGUUGUAUCAUACGUACCUUAAGCUAGUUCUAACAAAAACUAAAAGAGCCAUGCAAAACAACAACUGGGUACAGCCAUUUUGUCAAAAGGCAAGAGACAUUUCAGUCCUAUCGACCAAAAUGACCAGACCGGUCAAAGGGGACCACCUUCAAAGCUAGUCACGAAUAUUCAGGUCAGACCAAACUGAAAUGACGUACAUUGUACCAACCAAAAUUUAUGGAAUUUUGGGUUGAAUGGAAAGUGGCCAAAACCUGCAAUGGUUUUAGUACAGUAUAUCAGUCACUAUCCCUUUAGAAGUUUCUUUUCUUAGUUAUUGCUCUUUUAUUAGACAUGGUACAAAGGGAAGAGCUUCAAAAGCAUUUAUUACACAAGACAAGGCUGGUACUUCGUUUCUUUGCUAUCUGCUUGGACAGUUAAAUAAACUGAGGUAAGACUUUAAACCUGUCAUUUCCAUGUGUAUGAAAUGAAGCAGGGUCUGAAAUUAACUUUUUUAUUCAGAUGAAGUUUUCAGUCGCCAGAUGGAAAAUUCUAGUCCCCAGCAAGUGCCCAUGAAAGUUUUGCUUAACAGGCAAACAUGCUUAAAACAUUAUCUUAAAUACUCUUGAAGUUAGAACAAAUGCAAACGUAAGGCUGCCAUGUACAAAAAGGCAUUAUAUUGUGUAGCCCAGACGCCUUAGUUGAAAACGACUUUUCGUUAAAUAGAUAGAUAGCCCUCUUAGUUUGAAGACUGAAAGUUCUGUAUUCCCAAUACUUACAUGCCAUGAAGCUAAGCGCCGUGUUGCUCUUACCAGAUCACUUUGGAACAAAAUUGCUCAUACCAGUCCUUUGCCUGUAAACAGUCAAUGCUUUUUGUAUUUUCUCACCUUGAAUUAUUUUCCUACCCUGAUUUGUUUUUUAUUGAGAUUAAAAACUUUGACAAGACAAGAGGUAAGUUUCUUCUGGAAAUCAAACAUGAUAUUUUCCCAUUUAAAACAAAAUUAAUUAUUAAUUUUUCCUUGAGUGCCUUGGUUCAAAACAUUGACAAGGCACUGAAAAUUGAAAUUCUGGUCAGGAUGGGAAUGCUUAGAAUAUGCCUGUCACGCAGGGAAAAUCUAAACCACUAAAAACCGCAGUGUUCUCCUUACCAUGCGGUAACUGGUAAAAUUUACCAUGUACCUGAGGCAACACCUCUUACCACCUGCAACUGCUUGAAGGUGUAUUACUACUGAGGGUUUUAUUUCUUUUUUUGUUAAAUUCCUCUUUCAGAGGGGUAGAGAUUACCCAUGAGGGGGAAUCCAUACAAUUGGUUAAUCCAUUUGAGAUCACUGCUAAAGAUGCUGUACCAAUGGAGGUAAGACUUUGUAGCCUAUAAUCCUUGAUAGCCCCAGUUGUUCAAACGUCCAGAUAGCACUAUCCACUGGAUAAAUCACUAUCCAGCAGGUACUUAAUAGGGAAACCAAUUGCGUUAUCCACUGGCUAGAUAGUGCUGGAUGGAUAGCACUAUCCAACGUUUGAACAACCAGGGCCUGUUGUUUUAUAUCGGUCUGUCUUCUACAGUAAAAACUCGUGACUAAGAACCUGACUAAGAAUUUUCCCAAGUUACUGGUAGCCUAAAUAAAACAGGUUCUUACAUAAUGGAAAUUAGCACAAAUUUGGGCUAUUUAGAUUCUUAAAUAGGUUCUCAUUAUCUGAAGAAAAAACAUAUGUAUUGUAGCUUAAGAGAAUUUAGUGGUAUUCAGCUUACUGCGUAAAAAUUUGCACACUUAAUAAGUUUAAUACUGCAGUUAGAGUGUAAGGCACAGGUCUAUGUUUCCAAAGAGGAUCCUUUAUUGUCUUCUCUUAUCUUAUUGUAUUUUCCCAAGUGUACGGAAUUUUUCUCUAUAAUUAAUUUUAAGAAAAUGAGAACCAGUUUCAAAUUUAAGGCUAAACAGGUUCUUGUAUAGAGGGUGCUUAACUGGCAAAUUUUAGCCUAAUAGGUUCUUAAAAACCAGGUUCUUAAUCAUGGGUUUUAACUGUAUUAAUACUGUUUUUAUCAUAGAGGUUAAACAUGAUGCUUGUUCUUGAGCCUAAUGGAACCCUGGUUAUGUAUUGUGGAAUGGUCAAGGUAUGUUUUGCAGGCAGUAGUUUUUGCUGGAUUCCUCAACACCUUUGUACAAUAUUUUUAAUCCCAAAUCCCAAUACAUGGCCUGUUUUCCAAGAUCUUUCUUUUUUUUUCAAAUCAAGAUCUAGGCAGGCAGGCCAGCCUUCCGAUAGAAUUAAAAUGCCUUGCCUUUAGAUCAUUUCAAAGUUAAGGGGUUUAUAAAGUUUAAAGGCUAUACAUUUACUUCUAUCUAAUGAGAAGUUAAAGGAACAUUUCAUUACCAAAAACAUGAAACAAAAGAACUCUUAAAUUUGAGUUGGUCACAACUCAGUUUGCAGCUUUGAACCCAAGACUACUCAACCGCAUUUCCUUAACAUAUGAAAUAGGGUCUCAGAAAGAAGGCUUUAUUUUGAUUGUAGCAGUAAUCACCUUUAGCUACAAACUUCUGGUUCAUCUUAAAACUAUACGGUCAACUAUCUCUUAACAGACACCUUAGUUCACAUAAAGACAGACGCCUCUGUAAAAUGGACACUUUAAGAGUUGGUUCCUGCCUUUCUUUACUCCCUUUAUUUGACUCUCUGUAAGAUGGAGAUCUCUCUAAUACGGACACUUAGUACCGGUCCCAAAGGUGUCCAUCUUAGAGAAAGUUGACUGUAUCUCAUACUGUCUUUCUGUUGUUUCAGGGCUUCCAGGUGCAUUUACCAUUCUUUCCUGUCCUAAGGGCAGGAGAAUUAUCACAGGUUCACACCCAAGAAAAGGUUAAUAGCCUGACUUAUUUUCUGUUGCUUUCAGUCAUUAACGUGUGGCUUUAAAACUUCAUAGAAUUAGCUACAUGUAAUCCUUGUAGAACCUUCUUCUAAGAGGUUAUUUCCUUUCUCCUUUGAUAGACUUUGGCCUUCUCUCCCAUGGAAGUACAAAGAAGUGAUGUGGAGACAACAGGUAACCCACCAAAAAAUGUAGAAUGAAAACAUGGGGAAAAUGAUUAAAAACAGCAAUGUUUAAAAAUUCAUUGUUAUCAGAUGGUUUUUUCCGAAAAUAGGGGAAUUUAUAUAUCUACUGUCUUAUUUCUUGUAGAUGUGGGAGCUCCAGUGAUGUUACAGGAGCUCCAGGUCUCAUCUUUGAGAGAUGCAGUAUCCUCCACCUGCAAUUUGGUGAGUUGGUUGUACGUGUUCAAAAAUUUUGAUUUUGUGGGUUUUAGCUGUUAUGGUGGUUCCAGUUUACUCAUUCUUUUAAAAACUUGUUCUGUAAAUGGUUAAUAGACAGUGUCCAUGUUCCUGCUUUAACAACAUUCUUUUCAAUUUAUUGAAUGGCCUUUUUUAGAAUUUAUUGUUACAAUUAUAACUUUUUGUCCCGUCCGAAUGAAUGAAAUAGUGACAAACAGAGUGUUUAUGUAUGAGGCCACGUCUGCCAUUUUGGGCAUUAUGAUGUCCCAAAACAAUGAAACAGUUGGUGCCCCAAAGCAAUCUUGUAGGGGCUGAAGCAUUCUUUUUUUUAAAGCUUCUUUUGUUCCGAGAAAUUUGCAUAGGUGCUGACCACAUGAGCGAAAACAAUCUAUAGUUGUGUGCGUUUGCUUCCAUUAGGAAUUAAAGGAUGGGUCAUUGUACAGGAUGAGUUUGCCUCUCUUGUCGCAAAAUUCAGCAGGUGAGUUAAACAACUUUUGUAACAAUGGCCAGCCAAUGUACAGCUAGUUACAGUAGAGAAUCAUUGGAAUCCAAUUCAUAUCAAAUUGUUGUAGGGUACAAAACCGAUGUUUUGCCGAACUGUCUGAGCUAAGUAAAAGACGCUUAGUCUCUUCUACUAAAUUGCAAUGAAAUGCUAUUAUACAUGUACAUGUAGUUUGUUCCUUGUGCGAGAUGCGGUGCAGGGUUAACACAACACCCAGGCUUCAAUGUUGAUUCUAAAAGAUUGUCCAGAGUAGCCACCCACAGGGUAUGCAAAAGAAUUAUUAGAGAAUAGUUUUUUGACCAGCCAAACUAUGUAGAUAGUGAAGGUAUAGCUGAGCGCCCAUAAUGCCUGUUGAGUUUUGAGACUUUUGAGUUUGGAUCCUAAUUCUACCUAACUGCCUUUAUUGGUGCUGUUAGUGGUAAUUUAGCCUCUGCAGUGUGUAUGUUUGUACUUGAGUGGAUGUUAAUUAAUUUUAUCAAUAUCAUUUCGUUUAUUUGACUAUGUACUCAAGUCCUGGCUUGUUUGGAAGCUUUGAAGUGUGUUAUUCCAGCUUCACUGGUAGUGCAGACCCACAUUACUUGCUACAUCUCCUCUCAAGGUCCACAUUCUCUAGCCAGCGGAGGGGAGUGGGUGCAGUUCACUCAAUGUCUCCUGGACUUAAUGGGAUUUCCCAAGGAUAAAUCAGCAAAGGUAACAUGUGUGGCUGGAAAAUUAAAAAUCCCAUUUUAUGUGCAGAAGUCAAAGAGAAAAAAACGUUUGUCAGGGAUAUAAUUAUGGCUACUUUGAGGGUAGAUAAGGAACAUUUUCAAAAAAGAAAGAAUCAGAGAAACGGAUGUCUACAGAGAAAUUUGUUGUUGGAAAAAAGCAAAAGUUUGUAAGUGCACUGUCUUUAAUAGGGAAUUUUAAAGGAGAAUGUUUCUCAGUUCAGGUGAUCAUGUCGUUGGCUUGUGGAGCAAACACACCUUCCUACUUACGAACUUAGUAAGAAGGGUUGAUGAAUGCAAUCCCCAGUUUGUGGCUGGGCGUGUCAUUGAUCUCAAAGUUUCAUGUUAAAAGCCCAUUCUGACAUAAACAGUCAAUUUACAAAUCACCAGUUCUUUCCCAUCACCAGUACUUUUCCAGCAUAGUAGCAAACAGACUCUACUUCCACUGGAUUUUAAAAUGGGAACCAUUUUAUUUUGUGUACUAAACGCUUACUGUGACAUUUUUUCCUUGUUUAUGCAAAUAAGUCCAGAAAAUUGCCUAAUUUAUUUAAAAAAAGACAAGUACAAAAAGCAAUUUCGUGUAGUUAAGCAUGACGAUUUAGGUUGCAAUUGAGAAUUCAUCGACAACCAAAACCUUAUCUGUGCGAUUGUGCUAAGUUUGGAGAUAAACUAAACAGAGUUGAAUACUUAUACGCACUGUUCCUGACCGGAUUGUUUCCAUCCUUUGCAGUGUGACUCACCAGGUUUACCUGCUGCCAAGAAAUCGAAAACACAGGCUGAAGAUAGUGGUAAUAGUAAGGUAAUGCAUAGAAUGAUGUGUGGAGAGAAGAACUCAAAUAGAAUUUCUGAGCUCCAGAUGGGAAUCGAACCCACGACCUUCCAGACACUAGUCGGAGCCACUGAGGUACUGACAACUCUUGUUAUGAGCAGGUUAUUUGUGGGCGGAAAUAACGAACUUAUCGUGCAGUCACAUUAGGGACUUAAAGAUCCGACGACGCGACGGCAAUGUUAACUUAAAAGAACAAUAGGUUUAAUAAGCAAAACAAUAACUUUGCAAGUGCAUCACACUUUUUUGUACAUUUCUUUGCCGUCACUGCUCGACUGAGACGUGAAAAUGCCUAAUUUAACGUCUUAUGGAGAACGUAAACAAGAGACGACGAAAUGUUAUUUCUCUUUCCGAACCUGGACAUUGUAGGUUACUAGAAAUUCAACUCCAGGAGGGUUUGCCUUCAUUUGAUGAAGUAAGUGGGUAGGAAUAAUCGCGAUGAAAACAAAAAGAACGCAAUUCACUUUUUAAGCGACGUGUUCGCUGCCGUCCCGUUUUCUGAUCUUCAAGUCCCCAUUAUGUCAAAUGAAGCACGAAUUAAUUGCAUUGCGUAAAAAAAGGGGAAAGAAUCGCACCAACCAUAGGACAUGCACUCUGCCCAAAAUUAACUUGGCUUUUGUAAACUAAAAGUUACAAUUCACUUUUCUUGCUUAAAGCUGCAAAGACCAGCCUAAAAAUAAGCCUAAAAUUGGUCCAUAUCUGACAAAAACUUAACUGUGGUCAGACAUGGUGUCCUCUGACAUAGUUUAUACGUAAGGCUAUCGUUUUGCAGAUGAAUAAAUCUAAAUGGAGCUUAUGUGAAUUUUCUCACCAUCUAAAUACAUUACAUAAGAUGCUAUAUGGCAGUAGUCAGGCAGUAAUCAACCUGGUUGUGAAUUCCACGUCUUUCACGUACAGUUUUCGUUUAAGACGCAAUAUGCCUCCUUGGUCGAAUCCGACCACAUUUUUGCUUUGUCUGGCCAAAUCCAAAGAGGAAUAUUAUCUGUAGCUUUGGCAGAGGUUGUUCUAUUGCCAAGUCCAAAAUGCUAAGUGAGCUAAGGGUGGCCUCUCCUGAUUUUACAUUACUUGCAAACAGUGCUAACAUUUACUGUCCGCAGUGAUCUCAAGCCAGAUUGACUCUAAAAAGCAUAUUGAGAACCCAUAUUUACUUCCAAGGUGAAGUUGUGCGGACCUUUUCAUUGUUCUUCCAGAAUUUCCAUUUUCUCCAUGUAAAUGUAAAGUACCCUUUGGGUACACUAUUGAGUUGACUGUGAUUGACAUGUAUGUGUAACAUGAAAUGCCUGUUUGUAUUUAUUAAAGGCGUGGGAGUUGUUAAUGACGACUGCGCUUCACGAGAACUUCACAAGACAGGAAAUUGGUUUACAGCCCGUUAAUGUGAAUAAGUCAUUCAAAGAAGAAAGAAUAUCACUUGAAACACAGUAAGUGACAGAAGAAGAAAAGUUGCCUUUGUCGAACUUUGCUUCGCAUCAAAGGUAGUGUCAGAGUAGAUAACUUGGACUGAAAUAGAUAUUGCUACAACUGCCUGGCAAUAGUAGUCAAAUAAAUGUGUUAACGAGAGUCUGAUGUUUCGCACAUCAUUGGUACAAUAACCUUGACACCCUUUAAAGUGGAAUCAAGCGGUAUGCUUUUUGAAAGGAGACCAAGACGGACAAGUUAAAACAUCGUAAUAACAGCCGAGUCUUAAAGUGUCAGUUUACAAUCUUGUUCUUAAAAACUUAAAAGCUAAAACCACAUUGGCAGCUCUGUAGGCUACACAUGGUGUUGUGUUUAUGACAAUGACGUAAAUGCAUCCACAUUUUAAUCUGUUUACCUCCAAGUCGCCAAAUCAGUUCAGUGAGAGCCAUGAAACGCAAACCAUUAACAUAUCAAUCCAUACCCGUAAGGGACUCAUUCAUAAACGUAGACAUGAAAGAAGAAGUAAAUGUCAUAUAAGUGUUAUUGUCUUUUUGCUUACCAGGAUUAAUAAAGAUGCUCUUUUGUAUCGAUAUAUUCCAUCCAUUUUGUUUGCCUGGCACCUGGUUUAUGAGGUAUUUAAACUCUUUUAUAUGUACCCACCAAGAUGCAACUGUGGUUAUACCUAAAGCUUGAUAUUCAUGCUAUGGACUUUUUAAAGAAAAGUGCGAUCAGAAACAGUUAUGCAUCGUCUCGCUUGAAGUAAUUGAAGAUCACGUUUAAACAAAUUUGUGAUCUGAUCUGUUUUACAUUUCAGGACCUUAAGCUAGAUAUACUAUGGAAAGAUUCACUUUAUCCCUUAGCUCGCUUCCUGUGCAGUCUUGCAGUGUAAGUCUUCGUUUUGUAAAAGAUGCAACGAACCAGCUGUCAUGACAUUGAAUCUAACUUUUGCUUCAUGAUGUUUUGUACUAAAUAAAGUCUUUGAUAAACUUGGAUUGGGGUGGUUGGUGAUGCCUGCUAAUACGCCUUAUUCGAAAAUGGCGCAAUAGUAGUUUUCUUUUAUAUUUAUGUUUGUUAGCCCUCUUUACCCAAUUGCAUCUACAGAAUUGAAAAGGAGAUGUUACUUUGAAACGAGGUAUCGAGGUCUAUUAAUCGUAACGAAAAAAGAACAGCAGAAAUUGAAACCUUUCAGGAUCAAGUUACACAAAACGUUCAAAAUUUAAAUAUCAUUACGAUGGAACAUGUCGCUAUCGUUUGCUUAACUCGGGUGGUUACUAACCACAUGUUGAUUUUACAGAAACAUGAGAAAAAAGUGUGAGACUUUCUCCUGCUUGUGCUUCCUUAAUAUUAGUUCCGCUGAGAAUAGGUUUAGCGCUGGUCGCACAAAAAGAAAGAUUAAUUAAAAGUUUCCUUCUUUGUUUUAUGUUUUAGUGACCUUGGCUGGCAUUUGUAUGUUGAGUACUACCACCGAGAUUUUCCUGCCCUCUUUGAUGGUUCCUGGGACGUUCCUUCUCCAAUGACAAAAGGUGAACUUAGUUGGUAGUUACCUUUAGGCCCUUGCUGGGGGUAAGGGGUGGGGAGGGCACUCUCUUAUCUGGCCAAACCAGAUAUCGUAUGGUUCUCAGGGUACUGAUUCUUAAUGAGGGCAUAUAAUUGCAAUUCUAGCCCCGUUUUUGACUUUAUGGACCCGACGCCAUAAACAAGGUGUACAUGAAUGUUCUUUCAGCAGAGAGAAGUACUUGAUUCUGUAUUCGAAAUGAAAUGAAUAAGAUUCACGGAACAGGAUAGCAAAAUGAACGUAUUUGCGUUAAAGACAUUGAUGCUUUAAAGGCUUGGUGGCACACUCUCACCCACACUUCCCUUAAGUGCUCUUCCCAUCCCUUUUGUGGAAUGGACUUCAUAAUCUGUCAUAAUUUUUUUGUUGAGAUAUUAACCUUAAUUUUUUCAACAGUGUUUUUUCAUUAUUCUAGAAGUUCUGGUUUAGGGAGUUGAAAAAGAGAUUUUCCAUGCAUUAAUGCUAAAAUGAAAAACUCCGGUAAUGAUCAUUUGCCUUGUAUUUUCUUGUUCAAAGAAAAUAAUUCAGGAUUUUUUAUUAAUGGAGUUUCUGUUUCAGAGCAAUCAGAGGAAUGCUUUGGUCCUUUGUGUGAAGAGCCUCCCAGCAUUAUGCAGUGGCUGUAUAGACAUCUUAGUGGUCACCAGGUAAGACAAAUGAAAGUGUUUACGUGGAAAAAGUUUGAGAGAACGUUUUUAACCCCUGCUAAGAUAUCUCCCACAACAGUAAGUUGAAGUUGUUGACAUUAUUGGGUGAAGGAGAACGUUUUUUGUUCACAGUAGCUUUUAGGUGCACAAGAGUUAUUGCCCUGCAAUGCAUUGCCUUGUACCAUCACUUCGGUGUGGACGUAUGCAAGACGUGAGUGCCAUUUGGUCCAACAAGUGCGCCAAGCUCAUUUCAAUAGAUGGUGUUAGUCAAGUCAAUUUUUAUCUAACUCACUUGAAAUAUUCACAGAAUAACUAAAAAGGUUUUUCUAACAUAACAUUUAACCAAAUUAAUUGAAUAGAAUGCAUACAGUAAAAGAGAUCAAAAAAAUCAAAAAAAUUUACAGUAUCUUAUAACUAAGGAUAAAAGGGGUAAAGACAGAAGAACUGCCAUUCUGUCAUUAAAACUGCCUGCCUGGCACUGUUUUUUUAAGGGAAGACAUAACCAUUUCAUUCUCGACCCAAAUCAUCGACGAUGUAAAACGUGUUAUCUAUUAUUAUUAUUAUUAUUAAAUUAUUAUUAUUUCCAUUCUUUCUUUUCAUAUUAUGUGCCAUGCUUCAACUAAGUACCCUUUGGGCUAACAAGCGCACCCACUGCUUCCAGCAGACGAAUUUAUGUCCCACGAUAUUCGUUUUAGUUUCACACUUGCAGACGCUUUUUCAUGAUCCUUAGACUUGUUAUGAUACCCUUGUCGUAUUAUGUUUUUUUUUUAAUGUGCCAUGCUUUAACUAAGUACUGUUUGGGCUAACAAAUGCACCCCCAUUUUCCCGUGCAUGAAUUCAUGUCCCGUGUAUAAUUUAUGAUAUUUUUUUAGCUUCACAUUUGCACUCUUAUGCCCACAGUGAUAAACCCUUGUCGGAAGCCUACAUUUUCAUGUAAUUCCUGAAAUAUUCACUUCCCUCAAACAGCUGUAUCCAAAAGAUGAUCUCUUAAACUUUUCUUGACUUCUGUAUGUAUGUAUGUAUCAAUUUUAUUUAAAGAGGGUAACGCUAAACAGUAAACUGACAAAUCUGCUGCCCUCAUUAUGCGUGUGUAACAAUAAUUUGUAUUUAUUGCAGUCUCGUUUAUUGUAAGUGUAUUGCGAGUAAUAGUUGAAUAAAGUGGAAAACAAAAAAAAUAAAACAGAUGAUCUUCUGGAGGAUAUCGCCUUUGAUUAGUGCUAUUAAGCGCAUUCUUAACAAUUAUUCCUCGAGCCCGAAUGGGCUCAGCCUCAUGGGCUAUUGACUCAGAGGCCAUGAGGACGAGAGGAAUAAUUGUUUUCGUAAAAUCCAACUAGUUGGUCAAAAAUAUCGAGACAAAAGUAGUAGUAGCUCAACCAAUUGAUAAUACACCACUAGUUGGACUUUACUAAAAUCGGAUAUUUCCUGGGAGACGCUACUUACUUUAUGUUAAAACUAAAUGUCUGGUUCCAAGGGUAACAGUUGAUUUUGCUUCCCUCGAAUCUUAAUUUAGCCCUCGGCUUCGCCUUCUUCGAUAUACAUACAUGGUAGCAUAGUUUUUCUCUUGCCUUCAGAAAUACCAUGUACAAAUAAUGGUUUGUCUUAUCACAUCCACCUUAUUUCAAUGUCCGAUAACCUCAUUUGAUAUCAUUUGUCCCCUUUAGAAUGGACCUUUUUAUCUGCUGCCAGGAGCUACGAAAAGAAUAUUUAACGUUAUUAUGGUAAGCUUGUGGUGUUUCCAACAUUUAGGUACUGGUUACCAUAAAAUUAACUGUUAUUCUCUUUUUUUCAAAGCUUUAUUCGUUGUUUGUUCCCAUGGAGGAUGGAAGUGAAGCAGUUACAGAUGUUGACAGACUUUUCAAAUGUGUCUCAAGUUCAGGUAAACUGUGUAUAGUUGUUUUUCAGUAUUGCAAAACGUUUUAAGUUUAGAAAGGCACUAAGUACAUGGGUCUAAUGAAGGUAAAUAACAGGCAGUCAAGUUUGUUUUAAACACUCCCUAACAAUGAAAAUACUCUUUUCUUAAACUUGUAUACAGAAACCGUUCUUCUACCGGAAGAAGGUGAACACCCAUUGUUUCUCUGUGCGUAUUGUUUGAGACAUUUUUCCUUUUUAGUUUAGAGACGAAGUAUGCUUAACAGUAAGAAGUGAGAAGUGAAUCUUUAUGAGAUUCCUGCGCAUUUUAUUCAUGAGAUCAAGACAAAAGGUUAUGACUUCAUUGGCGUUAAUGUAUUCCUACCCAAGUUAAUGAAAUUCCUGCCCAAAAAAUUGGAGUAAAACAUCCCUCCUAUACUACUACCAUAACACAGAGUUUUCCUUUUACAGAAGACGUAGACUGCAUGUUCAAGGACUUGGUUGUCAAAUUGCAGGAUAAAUUAAAUUGGUAAGAUACCGGCAUGUAGUCUUGUCGCUCCGAUCUUUUUUUGUUUUGCACUUAACGAAACAUCUUAAUCUACCGAGUUGUUUUUAAACCCGGAAGAUAAUAAUAUCAGCGUGAAUAUACGGUACUGAUGCUAAAUUUUAUGACCAAACAAGGCCUUUUCUUACUUGGUGAUCAUUUCCGUUAAUCUGACAACUUAUAUCCGUGAUAGAACGGUGUCAUGUCUGGGUGAAUUGCUGGUCACUCUUAAGGGUAAAAGGGUUAAUGUAACUAACAGUGGCUGAAAUAGAAAACACUCAAACGGCAUCUAUGAAUUGACGCAAUGUUUAUAUCAACUAUCUCUAAGGAUGUUUACUAUUUUAUCUUGUUUGACGAGUAAUCGCCUCUGUAACAAUGCAUUUUCUCCCUAGUUUUGAUUCUACAAUUGAAAAAGUUGUUGCCUUUUUAGCUGAGAAUGGUGAGCACGUUAUUAUGUUGUCUUGUACAUGUACUCUGGUAGCGAUUUAUUUAUGAAGAUAACCCUGCCACGGGCUUGCAUCCCUUCGUUCCUUAACAGCUAGAUUCCAUGUAGCCUUGCGUCUGUUCAGUAAUAGAUCACAGAUGACGGCAAAAUGUGGUAAAAACCAAGACGUGAUGGAAUCUAUUUGUGCUAUACUUUGCAGACGUGAAAAAAACAAAUACACUUAUUUUUCUCGUACUGCUUGACUGUUUUGCUAGUUUAGGUUUAUUUUAAGUCCCAAACGCUACUGUUCGCCUCUGCUUCUUCUUUUCUUCUUUGUCUUACUUGUAUACAGUUUCUCCGAAAAGUUUUUCAACGCCUUCACUUACACAAAGUACAAUAAUCGUGAAGACAUUUUCAAAACUGCGAGUAGUCUCUCGUAGCUAUGACACUCGAUAGCAACUGUUGUGAAGAUUUCGUGCUGUUUAGGCAUUCUCAAGAUGUCAAGAACUCUUUUUGUCUCUGUUUCUCCAUUUUCCUUCUUUGUAAAUAGCUCCUGCUAAACUUUUUUCGAAGCUUUCCUUUGCUUAAUCCGAAAUAUUCUCACAAACAUUUUCAAGACCGCGCGCCAUUUUAAACAAAACAAAAAAAAACAAGGGAUGUCAUCCGUGUAUCUGUACUCUUAUAGAUCAUGGGCAGCGAACAAUCACAGCGCGCGUAGCAUUCACAUCAUUGUAUAAAGUGGCAUAGACAAUACUCGCAGGUGUUUUAUGCAAUAAAGGUUGGGUUGGUCUUCAGCUGUAUUGGUCCUCUUGACUUAAAGUGUAGCUAUACCUCGCAAUAGUUCUCUUUUUCACAUUUAUACCUUGUUGCUCAGUCUGGUAACUGGACGGUUUCGAUCGAACAGUUUGUUAAGAGCUUGAAUUUUCCUUGAGGAGUAACAGUCUCUUAUUGGCCAACCUAUUGUAAGGUUUGACCAGUAAUGACCUGGAGCGGUUACCAUUUGGAGUGGCUAUGCCUAUCAAGGAAGCUCUUCACCAGACUGCCGCGGAUCCAUCCCUUACUCUUCCACCCGAGGCAUACCGGCUUAUUGGUGAGUACACUUAGAAGGUAAUCUUUUUUCAUAUAGACUUGGUAACGACUGAAUAUACGGCCAAUUGCGUUCGUUAAGUGUGGAAAUGGAGUAAAGUGAACUAGUUUUCUGCAGUGAUGUUUCUAAUUAUUGUAUUGUAAGGGUAAGGGUUAAAUCCAAAUUCCGGGAUUAGGAGUCGCGUCUCUGCCUUUUAGGACGUGAAGAUCUCGCCUCCAUGCUGCAAACAGAAAAGAAGAAAUUACACCCUCACGGGCCCCUGAAAGUAAGUAUGCUACUAUUUGCCUUUGAUUGGAGAAAAAGCUUUGAGCCGAUGAUUCUUAAUGAUGGGCUUUUUAUUAAAUAUACUUUGUUCCUUCAGCUUACCUAACUGGAGGUUUUUCACUUGCGUUCUUUAACUCUUCUGAAGUUCAGCGUGAGACUGGGUCUGUUUUGUGUCACGGAAAUAGCAGCAUCAUGGGAUUGUUUUUGGAACGCUAUCGCUUCCAUUAUUGGCUAUUUCGAAGUUGCGCAGGAAACUGUGUGCAAAAUUCGUCCCCCAAAAUAGUCCCACAGUGCAAUUCGAGACAUUAUCGACCCAGUCUCUCAAGCGCAUCCUCCAAAUGGCCAAAAAGGUAUAGAAAGGGUUUGGUAACUGCUCAGCUUCAUCUGAGUGGCGUUUGCUGAUGAUAUUUCUCAACGCGUGUCCGUAUUUUGCAAAAAUGAAUCCGAUUGUUCUUUGGCUGGGUCACAAUGUUUUUCUCUUCUAAUCUAUUGUCGCUAUUGGUUGCAAGUUGGUAGUUUCAGUCAGAAGCCUUUGCUUUUUGUUGGUUUGAUCAGCAAGUAGCCUUUCUUUUAACAGUCAUGUCCUGAUUGUUUUAGCUGUAUGUUGUAGCGGUUGUUGGUGUUGUUGUUUUUAAUUUUCUAAUUAUUUUUCAAAGAAAGCUACUUUGAAAGAAGGAGAAAUAGAUGAUGGAUUUAAUUUAGAUGACGAGGUUAGUUUUGAGCCAGUAUUCUUAACCUAAGUAAAUAUUAUCCUUCUGUACUUAUAUUCUCAUACUUUUAUAGUUAUAUACUUAUAAGUUUAUAUUGUGGUUUUUAAUUUUAUCCUUGGUUUUUGGGUAUGGUAAUGUUUGUUAAUGACCUUGAAACAAAGGAAAAUAAAAUUAUAACCAAGGAUAAAAUUGGACCACGCUGAAAGCAAACAGUGACAGGAGAUAUUCUGUAAGUAAUUCGGAUUUCAGUCUGCCUCGUUUUAUUACGAUUAAAUAUGGAAAGUAUUCAUUAAGAUACUAUGGCCCUUUCCUCUGGUCGAAACGUACAAAGGAAUUACGUGCCGAGGAUAGUCUGCGCAGAUUUAAGACUAAAAUUAUGAGAACAGACCUGACUUUCUUAAUAAUAAUAAUAAUAAUAAUAAUAAUAAUAAUAAUAAUAAUGAUAAUAAUAAUAAUAAUAAUAAUGGUAAUAAUAAAAUAUUUAUAUAGCGCUUAUACUUUUCAGUGCUGAGCGCUUUACAACGCUUCAAAAAGGUCUGAAAAAAAAAUAAAAAUCCUAAAAUCAUUACAUAUAUAUACAUAAUAAUCGAGGAUGGCUGUAGAAAUUGCAUGCUUUGUAAUAAUUGACUUUGAGACCCUAUGUUACACAGCAAAAUUUCUAUCCUGUUAUCAUAUACAUACAUCUUUUCACGUGUAAAUAGGUUUAGAUUUUCAACCUAUUUGCAUUUCUAUCUUAAAAUUAUUUUAACACUUUUUUAAUAUUUGAUUUUUAUUAAUUUUAUUUUUUUGUGUGUCACCAAUUAGUGCUAUGCGCUAGAGAUUCUUGACAGGUUAAUAAAGUCCACUGCUACUACCCACUACCACCACCACCGCCACUACCACCACCACCACCACCACUACCACCACCACCACCACUACCACCCCCACUACCACUACCACUACCACCACCACUACCACCACCACUACCACCCCCACUACCACUACCACCACCACCACCACCACCACCACUACCACCACCACCACCACCACUACCACCACCACCACCCACUACCACUACCACUACCACUACCACCACCACUACCACCACAUAUAUUUCCAUAUUCAUGUAGGUACUCUUAGGAGGAAAAGAAAAAUGACGCACUCCGUUUGAGCUCUCCGUCUCUUUUUUAUGGUUGAAAACUUCAAAGGGGCAGCCCUUCUACAUCCCUUUUAACUUAGUCGGUCGAUCAACAUUCCAUGCAUCUACUUCUUCGUAUGACAAUUUAUGAAUCAUUAAGUCAAUUGACCUAUACUUUUUCUAGUCCAUUCAUGUCUGUCUACCUUAUCAUUGUUAUGCCCGUCCCUUAGCGCCCAAAGGAUCUUGACACCCUAUGUCAUUACGUUUGCCGAUGGGGUGGGAAAAAAACUGAUCUAAAAUUUACACUAUAUCUUGAUGGGCUUUAUUAACGUUUUCUUUUCCAGAUUCUAAGCUUACGCUUUGGCAAAGACCUGAGAGUUGAAGAAAUAAAGAGAAUACUGCAGUCUUCCAAACCUCUAACUGUCAGUGUUGUGCAAAAGCCUGAAGUCAGGUAUGUCUUUCGAUAUUCCUUUGAUCCUGGACUCGAAAGUGGAGUAUCAUAAUUUUCCAGGGCCGUAUGUACUAGCAGAGCUUCACUCGCGCGCGAGGAGAGCCCCAUACCUAAGAAAAUCCAUCCAUCCGAGAAAUUUUGGUAAUUACGUGAGCGUACGUCCGCCCGACCGCCCGUCCGUCCGCUCCACAGGAAAACCAACGUUAAAUGUCAAACUUUCUAGCUAGUGUGGGAGCCUGCUACCUGAUAUUGCACCUCCAUGUUGUGAUCAGCUGUCAAAGCAGGGUAUCCACUGACCAGUAUCACAUGAUCGUAUUGCGGGCUCAGGUGUCGACCCAUGAGGUUACGUUUUUUGUAGUUCUCCACUGACAGGAUACUAGUUUUCAAUUGAUCGCAGGCUCAACUUUAGUGGAUGCCUUUUUAUUAACGGGAACUUCGCCUACCCUUGGCUAAAUUUACAGCAGCCAGAAAAUAUCCACUAAAAGCAUUCGAUGUGUGUUUUAGCGACCAUGACUUUAUCCAGGAACAAGAGACUCGUCUACUUAUGAUGUGUAAGAGAACAAUGGCUUUACCAGUAGGAAGGUAUGAAUAUGAUUUCAAAAGUGUUUUACCUUUGGCCUACAGAGUAGGGGUGCAGGUACGAGCUUGUUUCGCGUUUUAUUUCAUUUCCUAGGGGCAUGUUCACCAUGGCCACCUCUCAUCCUGUGUUAACAGAAACACUUCCUAUUCCACCACUAGAUCUAACAGGACGGGCGCCUCCAAGGUAAGAAGAUCGGGCUAAUAAGGCCUUAAUGCUCUUGCUGUGUUAACACUAAAUUAUAAAACUGAAAAAUGCAAACUUGUGUUUGCGUUUCUACUGUUAUUUCCUCAACGGAGUUUCAAAAUCGAGCGCAGAGGGGUUUUGAAGGAGCAAUGCCACGAUUGUUCGAUUCUAAAAACACAUUGGAAUCAAGUGUGAAGUCUCUGCUUCCAGUGUACUAAAAACUCUCCACCUCUAUUAGGAACACGUCAGUUGGUUUAGAACAUGUGGAAACACCCAUGGAUAUGAAAGUGUGGCCUUUGUUUCACAAUGGAGUGGCAGCGGGUCUCAGGAUCGCACAAGGAAUAUCAAAGGUAUAUCAAGGUAGUGAUGAGUCACUGGCGUAUUCCAAUGCAUCUUCAUUAUAACGAAAGCACUUUGGUUUCUUGUACAGAUCGACAGUACGUGGAUUGUUUAUAACAAACCAAGAAACAACCAGUUAACAGAAGAGCAUGCAGGUUUUCUCAUGGCUCUCGGCCUUACUGGCCACCUCAACAGCCUAUCGUAUAUGAAUUUACACGAUUACUUGUGUAAGGUGAGAGAAGGCUUCUGGUACAAUAUAUGAAUACAUAUUAAAUACAAAUUAUGGCAUAGAAAAUAAGGGACAGUUACUGGAGCUUCACGCACCAAGGGAUCAUUAGUGAAAUACUAGUAACUGUCACUCAUUUUGUACGUCUCAGUUUGUAUUUCGCUGGGUAUGUACGUGCAUUGAGCAGUCUUGUAACCUCGUGAAGUAACUUUAGGUUGUUUUCUCUUUAAUUGCAUGAAUGAGUAAACAGGAAUAAAAACACAUGACGAUCUAUCUGGUGGUAGAAUCUCCACAAAGCAGUUCUUCUUUACCAUUCCGAAUCCAACUGGAAUCUGGAAAUAUUAGACAUUAUGAAAAGAAGAAAUCUGGAAUAUAGCGAGAAAGUUAUUCGGAGCAAGGGCCAUAGCCAACAACAGACUAUGAUCACAUAUGGUGUCGACGUCGGGUAUUGAACCCGGGUCACCAUUGUUGAGUUUCACCUAUGAAUGUACACGAUUAUCUUUGUAAGGUUAGAAACUAUUGCAGUAGAAAUGACUUGUUCUCUUUUAAACGUAUUAUUCUUUCUCUUCAUUAACCCAGGGACAUGAGUUGACCACAGUGGGUUUACUGCUUGGGGCGGCAGCUUCAAAGUAAGUGUUUUAACAGCUGGCCUUAAGAUGAUUGGUGAAACAGGACUCUGUAUUUAAUAUGUCCUAACAUAGACCCAGAUAGGAACAAGACAGCCACUUUGCAUAGCGCCCUGUAUGUAAAGGAAGGGUAUAUACAUUUCCAAAAAUAUUACUUGUCAACAUAUUUUUUUAAAACCUAUGUUAUGGUGUCACGUCGCCAAAACGCAGACUGUUGCAGAAUACUACCUCCUCCAGUGUUACGUGCGGUUCAAUAAUGUCAAGCGCACCUUCACUAACGAUAGUUAUUACCUUCUUUCAUUUUCCUGGAUCGCACCAAGGCCUGGUCGCCCUCACAGUGCGCGUUGAUGCUGAACGUUUACAUUUUGUCCUCCUUAGUGCAAUAACCGACCGUAAAAAGGACACUUUGAAAGACAUAUUUUGAAAGAACAACAUCUGAAAGGCCUACUUGCCAAAAAGUAGCGUUGUGGAGCAAAUUGUUUCAGAGAUACUAGCCCCGUUUUGCUCUGGUAACUCCAUACAAAUCCCUCUAAAUUUGACUCGGUUCCUAAUGUUAUGAACUGAGUCAAAUUUAGAACGAUUUGUAUGGAGUCAUCAGAACUUGGCUGAUAUCUCAAAGACAAUAUGCCCUGGAAUGCUAAGUUUUGGCAGGUAGGCCUUUUGGAUGUUGCUCUCUCAUAAUAACCCCCAAACCCCAUAAUUUCACAAAUUUAAUCUUUUUUCUGACGCCUCAUCUAAAGAUUCUAUGCUGGACGUUUAUUGUAGUAUCUGUAUCAUCUUUCACUUUCAGACGUGGCACUAUGGACGUGACCACCACCAAAAUGCUAAGCAUUCAUAUUGACGCUCUGCUACCACCAACAUCGGCAGAGCUUGAUCUGCCACAUUCAGCUCAGGUGGCUGCCAUACUAGGAGUUGGUCUUGUUUACCAAGGAACUGCACAGCGCAGAAUGGCUGAAGUGCUGCUGUCAGAGAUCGGUUAGUCUGAAUUUAUACGAUUAUCAUUCAUUACAACAGAGUGGUUUAUCACUUGAGGGAGAUAAGUUGGGGGGGGGGCGCAAGUCGCGUUGUAGCAAUAAACUAAAAGUCAAGAACUUCAGUGUUAGAUUUAAAUUAUUUCAAAUUAUUUUUAGGCAGGCCGCCUGGCCCGGAAAUGGAGAAUGCUGUCAAUAGAGAAUCCUACUCACUUGCGGCAGGCCUUGCGCUGGGUCUAGUCAUGUUAGAGGUAACCGUUGUUAGUAUGUGUAAUCAAAUGGUGACGAGUGAAAUUAGGGAAUAAUUUCACGUGCGUUUUGUGUUUUCAUGACCAAACUUUGAAUGUCUCGGUUUUGAUUAUGGACUCUAUUUAUUAAAGACACUGAAAAUAAGAAGCUUUUAAUUUUGAGCGUGGGAACAGUUCAUUUGUUUUUCUGUUUAUUUAUUUACUUAUUUUAUGUAUUUAUUCUUCCUUAAGCAUGGUAACGAAGCAGCAAGUGUAGCAGAUUUGAAGAUCGCAGAUCAGCUUUACCACUACAUGGUUGGCGGACAAACUAAACCUCAGGUUGGCUUUUAAUCAUCUGAGCUACAGUCUGAGUGGUUUAGUUCAGCCUUAAACUUAAUUAUUUGACGUAUAAUAAGCAUAAUCAACAGUAGGACUGGAAAGUUUGUUCAGUAGCAUUUGCCACUUUAGAAAUAAGAAGGAAACUGGGCCGAGUUAACUUUCGCAAAGACUGCUGGGACCGUUAAUGGGGACAAGAAAAAAAUUGGCCAAAAGCUGACUGGCGCCUCCCCAAUAACGAUCCCAGAAGUCAUUGCGAAAGCUAACUUUUAGCCCAGUUUCCUAUUGGCCAGUAGCUGACAGGUAAGUCCCCAGUAACCAUCCCAGAAGUCAUUGCGAAAGCUAACUCGGCCCAGUUUCCUAUUGGCCAAUAGCUGACUGGCCCGUCCCCAGUAACAAUCCCAGAAGUCAUUGAGAAAGCUAACUCGGCCCAGUUUCCUUCUCGUUUGUAAAGUGGUGAAGAGUCAUAACUUAGAAUUUUAGUCGUAGACUCAAAUUUUGUAACCACCCCGUGCAGUAUAAUAAACAGCACCACGCAAAAAUAGUUGUGGUUUUAUGUCGCUAUUUUUCCACUUUUGUAAUUGCCUAAAUGUACAACUUAUUUCUUUGUAGACUGGAACUCAGAAAGAGAAGUUUAAAUCUCCUAGUUAUCAAAUAAAGGUAAACCAUUUUUUUAUAGACAAUAUACAUCGCUCAUAUAACCCAAAGUAAACGGGAAUUGAUUUGUCUUUAAGAACUGAUUCUGCAAAGUACAAUCAGUGUAAACCUAUUUGACCACACCCUCAAAGUUUUUCAGGUAUAAUCAGACGACGAUCGAAUAGUAUCCCAUGAUGCACCUCGAUUCAUGUUAUAUUAUCACUGCGUACGUGACACAUUAUGAUCAAUAACCCUCAGCAUGCGCGAAGUGAACAUCGAUCGCAGUGCUCGAUGUGGAUGGCUUCCAAACAUGUUUCGGUUCAGCAGCUUCUGCUUUUGAGAUUAUCGAGUUGGCUAAUAUUCACUGUGCUUUAAAGGAGAAUUUCAGCGUUGCUUUGACUGAGAAGGGUUUUACAUGUAUUUCACUGAUCUGUCGAGAACUACUUGUGCCGCGCUCGGUCGCACUGUAAACACAAAUUAUAAGACUCGCAGUUGAUAAGCUUCGCUAGGUUCACUAGGAGAACCCAGGCCAGAGGAGAACCAAAACUAUGACUGAUCUAUAAAGUGGUUCCAACAAAACAUCCGCUACGCUGUGAAGCUAAUUACCAAAGGAUAAUUUAUUACAGCAUCGCGCUCAAAGGAGCUGAAGUUUACAAUGGCAGUUACAAAUAAAAUUUAACCUAUUGAUUCGACAAACAACUCUCUGAAGCACAGUCUACCCGGUACUGACUCAAGCAAUCUUCAAGGAAAUUUCCUGGCCAGAAUACUGAUCUGUUCUUUUGAAUAAAUAAAGUUUCUGCAUGACGUUUCUUUUUCAAAUUCUGAGCAGGCUUCAGUUUACGUUGUGCCGGCUUGCAUGCUGCGUGGUUCCUUUCUUUGGGUUCUUUUCACACUGAAACACACCGUUAUACACCGCUCCUUCUUCGAAUUAAAAUAAUUAUAGUCAAAUUCCUUUUAAAAAUAACCUCUUUGAAAAUACAAAGUGAUUGCUUCGGCAUAAAGCGCUCUCAAAAGCGCCCAACAGAUUGUAGCCUUCAUCAGGCUUUACACAUAUAUUAUGACACAUGGCGUUGAAAUGUGAUUAAAGAUUCGAAAUUUCAGCCAUCUUUGGUCGACAAAAAAGUCUUCAAAAUGUGGGUACUUCUGGGUACUUCUUGGCCUGUACAAUAUUCAGGACUUCAUUUUGCUGGCGUGAGGUCCACAUUUGUAAGAUUUCAACAUAUAUUCCAAAAAACCUUGAAUAUUCAUGACCUGGUUGUGGGUCACUGAACACUUUUUGAUGGGAAGACUAAUUGAAACCGUGAAAAUAAAUGUUUCUAAGUGGAAACUUCGCUCUUAAGCCAUUGCAAAUCGGAGAAAUCAUGUUAAAUAACGAAAUAAUGUAAUUUUUUUACUUUUACUGGAAAUCCAGUGAGAAAAAAGCCGACGAGAAAACGACCUUAUUUCAAGAUGGAAUCUGCUAUGACUGCGAUAUUGCGUGAUGCUUCUGGAAAAAUGCAUCAUGGGAUACUAUUCGAUCCUCCUCUGAGGUAUAAUUUUAGGAGACAAAGCCAGACUGCUUAUGACGCAGUUGAUACUUCACGAAGUCGUAGGCUAUGACCUAGCCCUAAUGUGCACGUGAAUUGAAAGGUUCUGUUACGUCCCAUGGAAGUCAGACAAUUGACUACGACUCUUCCUUAUCUGAAAGCGAUAAAAAGAACAAUGGUUAUUUUCGGUCAAGUCUUAUAGGUUAGUGACCGGCCGUUCGUGGCUUCGGUCGAAGAUGUGUCGGCCACAUACACACUUACUACGUAAGCAUGAAAGCGAGGCCUAUGGGCCACCAGAUUUCACGCAAACUUGAAAAAAAGUAAGUAGGGCGGCCAAAACAAAAACGAUUCGGCGUUUAGAGAUAAAAAAGUACCCCCCAAAGAUAUCCCUGAAGCAGUUAUAGUAAAUGAACUAGCGUUGGAAAGUGGACAGUGGAGAAACUAACCUUCAGCAAGGAUCCUUCGAAAAUACUUGAAACGUUAAGUCUUUCCUAUUAUCGGAACGAUUAUUACAAAGCGCAGCAGCGCGGCGUUUGUGAGAACUAUUUUUUGUCGUUGUUGUAGGGUGCGCGUCUUCCACUUCAUACAAUUAAUUUUAAUUGCGAUGUGGCUUUUAGACCUCGCUUUCAUGCUUACGUCGUGAUUGUGUAUCCCGUCUAGGCUCACUCUCCAGCUUUGGGUAUCUCGAUGCGCCCGAGGUACUCCCCACCAAGCCGUGCGCGUGCGCCCAACCGUCGGGUGGGGAGUACUGCGGGCGCACCGAGACACCCAAGGCUGGUGACUCAACCUACAUCUUAUGCACCCUGCGCGCUAUCAUUAAAAGCUUACAUCAUAGGGUAGCUUUUUCAAGGGCUUUCACCCCCCGGCCCCCCUUCCCCUUUUGGUUGAACUGUGUAAAAACCUUUUAUUCACUUUGGCGAUACUCAAUAAAAUAAAGCUCUCGAGAUCUCUUUUCUCAUGCAGCAUUUUUUUUCUACAGGAAGGCGACAGUGUGAAUGUAAAUGUGACUGGACCAGGCGCCACUCUCGCUCUAGGAUUAAUGUUUAUGAAGACCAAUAACUCGUACGUACUCAAUCAGUGAGCCACAUGGCGCAGAGUACAUAGUUAUGUUUGACCUUGGUUUCAGUUGAAUUCACCGCGCGAGUGUAACUAAGCCCCGCAGUACCUUAAAUAUGUUUAAAACUCUUCUCGCUUGAAUUGCACUUCGUCAGCAGUUAGAAACACCUAGAAAACACGAGAGAUGUUAAACUUUUUCAAAUAUAGCCACGAGACGUAUACAAGAACUUCUGUAAUUUUCGUUUAUCCUGCUUUUUUUUCAGAUCUGUAGCAGCCUGGCUUGAUGCUCCUGACACCCAGUUCUUGCUGGAUUUCAUUCGUCCCGACUUUCUCCUUCUUCGGGUAAGGUGAUUUGCUGCGUUGAAAGGACAUUGGUUUUCCUUCGUUUUUUUUCCUGAGAAUUGCCCGAUUUCCUGGCAAUCACAGUCAACAACGAAGUCAGGAGCUGCAUAUUUCUUGUAACAUUACUGAUCGUCUUAGCCAGGCUUCCAAAUAAAUGUGUGCAAAACCAACUCUGGUCAAAAGUGACGAACAAUCCAACUGUCUACUGAUGAGUAGCUUCCUGUUAUUAACCCACAGAAACAGCAGCUAAGAGUGCAAAACAAUGCAACCUGCCACUCUAUCCUCACUUCUUUGUUGGGCUAUUCUUUUUUCUUUACUAUUCCAUCGCGAACGUUUUCCACCAGAAAUAGCUACCCUUCUGACGAUCAACGAUAGACGUUUCCAAUGAUAGUUAGCAAUUUAUUAUUGAAUGAGGAUGAGUAUCAUCUGAAGAAUUAUGAAGAGAUCCGAGAUCUCCAUAAUUGACAAUUGACGUCAUUACUCACAUAUCGUAAAAUUCUUCCAAAUUUGGUCGACAGUAACUGGUUAUGAUGCGUGGGAUUUUAACCAAUCAAAAACGUAGAAAUAUUUUGAAUGAACAAUAAGUGGUUUUAUAGUUAGUUGAGGUUGACAGACGAUUUUGUUUGUUUGUUUGUUUGUUUUUUCAGCUUUUAAGUAGAGGCCUUAUAAUGUGGGACCACAUUUACCCCUCCACAGACUGGGUGGAAAGCCACAUCCCCGCUGUAAGCUUAUAUGUAACGAUUAGUUACUGCAGGUGUCAAAGCUAGGGCAAUGUACUGUAAUAUAGAGACGAGAAGUAAAACAGCACGAAAUCCGGCACACAUUUUGAUGAACACCAAAUUUUGUGCCUGUUAACUGUGCUAGGUCAAAAAAUACCCUAAAAUAAGGAAAGUUUUGAAAAUUUUUGAAGGUGACAGCUAACCUUAAGGUGAUGGAAAACUUAAAAAGGUCAUGAAAAAGAUUAUGGAAAGUCAUGGAAUAUGAGGAUAUUAAUAUGCGCUGCAGAAAAUGUUUAGUCGCAUAUGCAAACGGCGUUUUCGCUUUAACAUUGCCUAAUACCAUUUUAACAGAAAAUGUCGCAACAGCAGGUAAAAGCGGAAAAGAAGGGAUUCAAAAAAUCUCAAAAACUUGGGCUGUUUGUUGCACACUACAGGUUCUACGUGUGCUUAUACAAAACAUAGAUACACUUGAUUUUUUUUCAAUUUACGCUUGCAAACUAACGUACUUGAAAAAGUGCAUUAUUCCUAGGAAAAUGAAACAUCUCUUGUCGUUGUCAGCUUUAGGAAAGGAAAAAGGAAAUCCUAUGUCAAUAGACAAAUCUUAGAAUAGAUAACAACGAGUUGAAUUAAACUUUAAUUACGUAUAUUUUUCAUUGCGGUAGUGACGUGAAUGUCAAGGCAGAUUUCCUUUUUUACUCUGGCGUGGGCUGUAUGUUUGAUUGUACAGUGAUAUUGUUAGUAGAAGUUUAAUAAGAGCUGUUAGUAAAGCUGUACUUUUGUUGUUUUAAAGAUUGUUCAACACUAUGACUCUACUAUCGAGCCUAAAGAUGCUGACAUCGACAUUGAAAGUCUCAGGUUAGUUCAUUAAACAUUGUAACAGAGCAGUAGGAAAUAAUGGUAGUUCUCAUGCUGAUAAGUCUUAUCAACUGGGAACGAAUUGCUUAUAAAGUUUUAAAGACCACUAGCAGUACUUGAUGUCCUGUGGCUCUAUUUCACAGCUGUUCUUAUUUUUUUGACAUUAUUUCUUAUACUUUCGACUACGCACUCCUAUACAAAGAAGCCUGUUGAAUUGCGCGAACAUCACAUCUUUUGGUAAUAUUCACCUGUCAGUUUUUUGUAUUUCAGUCGUGACUCCUAGCUUUUUCUACCGUUGCAAAAACAGUUUAUUAUAUACUAUAUUUUAGGAUACAUUUUAAAAGAAAAACAAACGACAUGAAAGAAACUUGACGUUUUGAUGGCGUCAUCAUCAUUAUCAAAAGAUAAGAAAUUACCUUGAUUCGUGGAUAUAUAUAGAAAAAGAAAGUGUGAAAAGAGCAUGUUAAUAAGAAAACAAGCGUUUAAUGUAAAGGUUCAAUUUAACAAAAUAUAUAGGAAAAAGAAGUAAAGAAAUGCCUGGGGCCUAAACAAACCAUAUGGUUUUUAAGUUAGACUCUAGACAGUGUAAUCACUCAGCAUCAAAUGCAAAUGUGUUUGUUUCUUUCAGUCAAGCAAAGGUCAACAUUAUCGCUGGCUGUUGCAUGGCGGUGGGGCUGAGAUUUGCCGGUUCAGCGAAUCUUCAAGCUUUCAACUGUCUGGUAUCAUUAUUUGCUUUGCUGUACUUUCUGUCAUACAAAUACCAAUGCGUGCAUCUUUACUUUACCAAAUAGAAUGUGCCAAAGAAUGGUUCAAUGAAUAGAAGUGAACAUUGCAAUGGAAAAAUAAUGUUUUCAGCUUGCGAAAAGCUAAACAAUUGUUCGCAUGCCUGUAGGAACUUAACCACUCUGUACUGCAUGUUGGAUGUUGGUUUGGUGUUCUUCAGUAAGUUUUUUGAACACCCUUACAUAGCUUACGUGUAGCUGCACCCUCCCCCCGACGAAGGAAAAACGGAGAGAGGGAGUUUCCUUCGUCGGGGGGAGGGUGCGGCUACACGUAGGCUAACCCUGCACUUAUCUCGUCACAUCAGCUCUUGUGCCUGCAAGCAACAAUGGAGGUCAAACGUGUUGGUACCUUUGCUGUGAUAGUAGUAUAACUUGUGACCUCCCCCUCCCACCCCAAACAAUAUUGAAUUUUGACUAAAAUGUUUGUAAAUGUGUUGCUUAAGGGGGUGGGGGCGUUGUGGUUUGGGGGAUGAAGGGAUGAGCCCAAAGCCGAUCAGAAGGAUGUGUCCCAAGUUCGUUUGACCUCCUUUGAAGUUAAGAUCCAGUUACUUUGAUUGUAUACAACAAUUGUAGCCCGUCAUUACCUUAUAACUCAAAUCUGUUUGAUAAAAGUAUACUGCAGGCAUGAAUUACUCUUGUUCAAUUAAUCUUACAGCUGUUCUGUUUGUUUUCCAGAUGCACUAUACCAAAUACUGCAAAGAAAUGUUGAGUAGUACUGCUGUGGAACAGGUACAUUUAAGCUUAGAUUUUUUCCUUUGCCGAAGGAAAUGCCCUUCAGAGAAAGGGCACGAGUGGUGCAGUGGUGACAGCACUGUCCUCCCAUCAAGGUGACCCGUGUUCGAGUGCUGGAGGCGACGACAUACGUGGGUCGAGUUUUGUUGUUGUUGAAUCUCUUUUGCCAUUGUAAAUGAAAGAAACUAGUUUUGGGAUUGCCGGGUAGAUGAAAACCACUUGGGAUAUUCAUUUAUUUGUUUGUUUGUUUAUUUAUUUAUGUAUCUAUUUGUUUAUUCUUUCCCGACGAAUUUGUACUAUUACUAUGCACGGUCCCAAGUUUGACAUCAUUUUCAAAGACCUUCGAAAAAUUACUCAAAAAGGAAAAAAUCCUUUUUCAGUUAUUCCCAGGAUUGAUUUAACGCUGUUUUUUUUACGUUUCAUAGGCUGGUAAACCCACCGUGGAAACUUGUCUUGAUACCAUUCUUCUGUCGCUUGCUAUGGUAUGUUUUUCAACUCAGAAGAACUAUGAUUAUUAGAGGAGACUGGUUAUGAAAGCCGACAAAUAUCAAAGUUGAAAACAACGGUGCUGUAGUUUAUGUUGGAAGCUCCCUUACCGUGUACAAUCUUUGUUUUUUUGUUCUCAAAUUGUGAAUGAAUGAAUUAAUACGAUGUUUCUAUUGGUCAGUAAGUUCAAAAUGAUAGUAAUGCUAUUGAACGUUGUGCACGGUCAGGUCCAAAAGGUAACAAAAACAUAUAACAGACAGGUCUAACGGGGUUUCAUAACCAUUCCACUUUAAUAACUGUCGGAUGAAGCUAGUAUCCUCUUUGCUCAAAGUUAGCUCCACCAAGUUCAAACGUCUGCGGCAUUCUUUUUUUUUUUCCAUUUAUCGAGAGUUUAUCGAAAAAGUGCAACAAGGACAAGAGUAAAUACCUCCGCUAGUCAAUGUGACAAGCUUUUCAUUUUUAUCAAAAUAAUGAGCUUCUUUUCGGUGAAAACGCUUUGCGACCGACUACAAAAUAACUUGGUUGUUUGAAUACAGUCUAACCUCGCCUAACGGACACCUCUCUAUUGCGGACAGUUCGUUUGGUCCCAGAAAUACCAUAAAUGCUACAUUCCCUACCUCUAUAAUAUGGACACCUCUCUAUUGCGGACCGUUCGUUUGGUCCCAGAAUGCCAAAAAUCAUACAUUCCCUACCUCUAUAAUACGGACACCUCUGUAAAGCGGACACUUGGUUCUGUCCCUUUGGUGUCCGUAUUAAAGCGAUUUGACUGUAGUGAAGAUAAAAACCUUCGGUGCGGAGAUUGUUACUUCUUACUUCAGACACUGAAAUCUACCCCGGCCUAUUUUGUCCAAAGAAAGUUUCUUGACAAUGUAUUGGAGUGAUAAUCAUCCUGGACGAAUUUCGCAAUUUAUAUGACUUAACAAGCCAAAUCUAAGCUGUAUGACUGGUCUGGAACAGUCAGUUAAAUUUGACUUCCAUGAUAUGAAUUCCUUCCUCUUUUUCUUAUAAAGAAGGUUUUACAUUAUUUGAUAUAAUACCUUUCAUUCAUCGAUAUUCAAAAAUUAUGACUAUAACGUAUGAAUGUAUAUACUGGUUAUCCGUUCAUCGAAUUUUUCUUGCUGGACAACUAAGCUUUAAGUGUCCAGGCAAGUCAUCUGUGGUAUCCUGCGUAACUUUGCACGCAUUCUGUACCUAUAUCACGUGAUGUUUAUCAUUAAAGACGGUUCCAACUAUCAUGGCGGUGUGUGCGUAGUGGAUAUUACAUCAUUCUCUAAUAAAAUCAUUAACAAAGACGGGCAAGAAGUGGCUUCGGGCAAGCAAAGUGUGAGAGCUGCUUGCCCAAAGGACAAGCUAGACUUCAUUUUUUCCGAGCCCUGCUCGGUCUUGUACCUUGUUUUAGCCUGUUAUAUGAAAUGCCGUUUUGCUUUUCUAAUUAUUCAAGGGAGAAACGCAUACAUUGAAAGCUCUCGUAAGCGGAAACUCUCAGAAGGCGAAAAAGGUGUCCGUAACUGGAGCUGUCCGCUUACGAAAAUGUACAAAUACAGAGUUUGUAUGCUGAAAUGGAGAUUGAGUAAAACGAGGUUUUGUGAAGGUGGCCGUAGGUAGAGCUGUCCGCUUACGAGAGUGUCCGUUAGGGUUGAUUUCGACUGACUCGUUUGUGGCUACGCACGUUAACGCACGUAGGUUUUAAUCACGUAAAUAGAAUAGAGGAAAGAAAAAAGGGCUGAGCUUUAACGAGAACUUGAGCGCGGUUCAACUUUUACACUUUUCGAACGACCUUUCAUGAAUUGCCUCUACUUCAUUUGCGAACGUAAAUUUUACGCACGUACGCACGUAAAAAUAACGCGACACUGGAUAUCAACCCUCAAGAGGGCUUCCACUGUAUAGGAAAUAAAAUUCCGCUGUCUGUUGUUAGGUAAUGGCGGGAACUGGGAACCUUGAUGUACUCAGGAUUGCUCGACAGCUGCGUAAGAGACAUUCCCCGGAUGUUCCAUAUGGAAGCCAUAUGGCUGUUCACAUGGCUGUUGGUCUUCUGUUCCUUGGAGGUGGAAGGUGUGGAAACUUUUUUCUUUCGCGAGUGUUUGGCGGGUACCAUCAUCCGUAUUGGUUAGAGCGCUGAACCGGUAUCGCGGAGGCCAUGGGUUCGUUUCGCGCACAAGCCUGAUUUUUUUUUUCAGGCUUUCUUUUCGCAAUUGCAAAAGUUGCUUCUAUAACUGCAAUGAAACGGAGCCCAGACUCACAACCUACUCGACGCCGAAUUAUAUGGCUUUGUAUUGGAAUUUAUCGUAAGGUCGAUAAAAGGGUUUAAAUGCAAUUAAACAGCCAUUCAGGUGUACAUACCUCGUAAAGAGACGUCACUGUGCUGUUUUCUUACUGUUUCUGGCCCUCUAAACAGGGACCCGUGUUUUUCCCGCCCUUCCUUUGUAAAACGAAAGAGUUCUCUGGGUACCCCUGUGAAUUAGGUUUGUAUUGGUAUAUUUUUUCCCUGUCCCUUCCUGUUGGGGGAUUUUGAACGCGCGGCGUUGCAGCUAAGCCAAGAGCCGAGCAACAGCCAUCAGUAGUACACUCCGGAGAAGAGCGUUUCCACGGAAGCGCCAAGUUAAAUUUUUUUGUCACAUUUCUCGUCCUUUUGAGGCCAUGGCCCAACAUCUGGAACUAAAUUGACGUUUUCAAGGAAGGAGAAUCUUCGGUCUGUGCUCAAGCGAAGUUUCGGAGCGAUUGGAGUGGACUGAAGCUAAGUUUUGGAGCUUUUUCUUCGGGCAGCAUAGGACAGCCGAGUUUUCCCUUGUCUUCUUCUUAGUAGGUGCGAAGACAAAACAUCAAAACUUUCCUAAAAUGGCGUUUAUAGGCCGGAAACAGUAAAAAACAACAAGUAUGUACACUUUAAUGGCUGCUGUAUGCAUUUUAACCGUUUCAUCGAUCUUAAGAUAAAUUCUCAUACAAAUCCAUACAGUUAAUUUGGCUUCCAGUGGGUUAUUGAGUCUGGGCUCCCUUUGCUGCGAUGAACUUACAUUUUUUUAAUGGGUAAAGUCCGAAAGGUUUUCGUGUGCUUCCACUCCUUGAGCUUACGCGCGAUACUCAUACACCACCGUAUUUCGGCCCCGUUUGUAUGGAGAAAAGUUGUGCUCUCAGUGGAAAGCGGCACUUCGUUUCAUUUUUAUUCUUUCUUGGAUUUUUUGUCUAGGUUCACCCUCAGUACCGUUGGACCGGCAAUUGCUGCAUUAGUUUGUGCAUUUUAUCCAAGAUUUCCAAUCUCGAGCACUGAUAACAGGUAACAAUUAACCACAGGCAAUUUACGAAAUAACAACUGAUGCCUGGUCCUGAAGGAAUGAAAAUUAACUAGUUCUCUUAAGUGUGCUGUUAUUACUUAUAUUUCCUAUGAAGAAAAACUUCUUUAUGUACAAAUUUACGAAAUUAAUUCUCAGCGACCGGUCAAUAUUCGUGCGUAUUAAACGGUGAACUGUUACCACUUCUGGUUACCCUCUGACGUCAGAGAAUAUUCAUUGUUGCCCACACAUAAACUUUUGGCGGGAAACAGUUUUGUUCAGCGAUGCCAUGUGACCUCAGAGUAACCAAUGAGACCGUGCGCUGUUAGAGAUGAAAUUCCAGUCAUAUAACAUCAUAUAUAUGUGUAAACAAAUUGUUAAGUCAAAAUGGGAAAUAAUUUCACGCGCAUUUUCCAGCACCCUAAGGGUUUGCGGGUAAAACUUACAGCUGGUUGUAUGACUGUUACUUAUAAUCGUUGCAGUCAUCUGAAAAAUUUGGCUUAUCCGCGAUUCUGCCCUUGACGGUGAGAAAUAUAGGUCUUACAGAGCUUCAUUGAUCACAUGUUAUUUCUUUAGAUACCAUCUUCAAGCAUUUCGACAUUUGUACGUCUUGGCUGCAGAGCCUCGAGUCCUUGUACCGCGUGAAGUUGACACAAAGAAGGCCUGCUACGUUCCUCUUGAGGUCACCCUUAAGGUUGGCAAUCAGCUUUUUUUGUGUGUGCGUAGAGGAAGCCUUUUUCAAUUGUAUUGUUGUUGACUUUUUGCCAGAACCCGCGUUACCCUUGUCCAGCGGAGGGGCAACAGGUUCCCUUUUCCCGUCCGCUAGACAAGUGUAACGCGACUUCUGGGAGCAAGAUUGGUAUUGUUGUUUUGCUGAUUGUUUUCAAUUGCUGGUUUACAAAGGUCGAGAGUAUAUUUCGUUUCUCUUGCAGGAGACCCAGUUUUACCCCGAGGCCAGUUUAAAAAUGACGGCGCCUUGCAUUCUUCCCGAACUUCAGCUUAUAAAAAAGGCAAGUGAAUUGGCAAGAAUUAAUUAUUGUAUUGUAGGAUUCUAAGGGCGCUUUCCAUUUGUUGGAACUGGCUGACCGGACCAUUGCCCGACCAGUCAGUUUGAAAAUGAAAUAGGCUUUUUCCUUCGUGCAUACUAUUUAGGAUUUGACCGAUCUGGCUGGAGAGUUUUGAUUAAAAGGGAAAUUUUCAUUGCGACAGGAAUGGUCUGGCCGGUCGGUUCUAGCAAAUGGAAAGCGCACUAAGUCGAUUUGCCCUUAUGCGUUAGAUUUUUCCUCGCCUUCGUCCCUCGCUAGCUUGUGGCCCGGGUGUGGCGAGCAAUAACUAGCCAACUUAUCCAACAAAUAGUCGGAAGACUCCUGGAAAACUCAACUGAAAUUUGUAGAAUGACCUUGGUUUUCUAUCGUAGGUUCGUGUCGCUAGUGUCCGCUACUGGCCUGUUACAAUAGAUUUUACAGAAGACAAAGGUAGUACAUGGUAAGGUAGACUAUUUUUCCUCCUUGUAGCGUACACCUGAAGUUAAACAUGUUUUAAACAGUUUACUUGAACACCAUUUAAAAGUCUGUUCUUUUUAAAAGCUGCUAACUGAUUUUUGCCGACUUCGAAUAAAGCGCAAAUAGAACCACACGUUAAGGAUCACUUGAAUCGUGUGUUAAAACCCGACAGUCAGUUCUCUUUUUUUGUUUUUCAUUUUUUUACCUUAUUUAAUUAAACAUAAUCAGUCGUUAGCAAAGUUUGUUGAAGGCUGUAACAUUUCUGAGGAGAAAGUUACUGCCCUUGUCAUGCAAUGAACGGCUAGACUAACGCGUACGCGUAGCAUGGAUCAUCACGUAGAAAUGGCGGGUCUUUAUCAUCAGGGGAUGCAAAAAUAGCAGUGUCCUUAAUUAGUACUUCAUGCUAAAUGAAAACAUUAACGAUUAUUAAAAAUAAAGCAGGUUUGUUUCUAAUCUUCCGUAUACAAUGAAAAUAGACAGGAACUUUCUCACGAAGAAAGUGUUUGGCAAUGUCUUUUGCAUAAGUGCUCAGACUUUUUGUAAUUGAAUAUUGGUCUGAAAUCAUACGCGUGAUUUCAAAAGUGCCAGCUCAGACUUGAAAUACAAUUUGACAAAUAAAAUUUUGCAUCCACUUAUUAGUCAGUACCAGUAAAAAGCCGAAACCUUUUACAUCUCAUUUGAAACCAACCAAAAAUGGGAUUUAAAACGUUAUUCGAUUUGGAAAAGAAGGCAAAACAGGUUUUAGGAAUUAAUACGCUGACGAUCCGGAUAGCCAGUAAGGUUGGUGGUCAUAAGACAAAUGAUGUCUGUUUGUCAGUCUGAUUAAACAAAAUAAGGUGAAAAGAAAAGGUUUUUAAUCACCACAGUUUGACUAUUGACAAAAAGGUAAAAACAGAGAUAAUACGGUGAGCCACUCAUAGCUCAAAGAAUAGUCAUGUACGUUGAAUGGUUGUCCGCGCUUCACGCUGAAUUAGUGUUUUCCUGUGGUUCAUUCUGAUAAACGAAAUCACUGCUGUACCGGUAAGGAAAACGAUGAGCCAAUCAUAGCUCAGAGAAUAAUCUUGUACGUUAAAUGUUUUCCCGCGGUUCACGCUCACUCAGUGUUUUCUCGCGUUUCACGCUGAGUUUGUGUUUUCCCGCGCUUCACGUUGACUCGGUGUUUUCCCGGAAUUUCUGCGAUUCACAUUGGUCACGUUCUUCCUAACGCCUGACAAUAGACGCUUGAUUUUUUGCUUAGUUCAGGACUUUUGUAAACGUCCCUUUUGACUUAAUUUUCCUUUGUUGUUCAACAGGGACACAGAAACAUCCUCGCAAAAACCUUUUCCUCCCAAACGGAACAGGUAAGAAGUCUCAAAAAACGAGAGGUUGUUGGAAAAUCAUAAGUGUUUCACUACACAUCUCGCAGAGUUCCCAGAGCUAAACUUGGUAUCGUAACGACUUCUUUGAGAAAUAUCUCCCCCAGCAUCCGUUAAAGAUUUGUUUGUUUGUUUGUUUGUCUGACUUUUAGAUAGAUGUUGUGCGAAGUUUUUCGUCGGAUCCAAACCUUAUCGCAUUAGCCGAGUUAUUCGAUAAUAAACACAUCUCAAGUGACAGAGUAAGUACCUCAGUAGAAGCCACGGCAAAGUGGUAGUAUUUUAAUCGCGUUAUCAGUAGAGAUAGGACGAAAAGAUAUGCGAUUUUGGAGAGGAUGAAUAUUUAAUGCUUUCUGUAAUUACUAUAUACACGGAGAAGUUAGAAGGAAUUUUAGACAGGGAAAAUUUAACUACAGUCUAUUAGAAAUGCUCCCUUAUAAAAGUUGAUAUCUGUGACAAUGUAGCAGUCUAUGAAAUUGGGUCUUAAACAGGCGCAAUUUAAUCUCUUUAUUAUGUCCAUGCCAACGCCUUUUGUGAGGUAUAUUGAAUUUUUCUUUUUAUUCUACUCUCAAGGAAAAAAGAUUAAGUUCAUUUAUAGAGUCUGCCCUGGUGGAAAGCGUCACGGAGGAGAAGCCAGACGUGCUCAAAGCGCUUUUGCGCAUGUGGCAGGUAAUGUAAUCUGUUGGUCAUUAAGGAGCUUUAGCAACGACGACGGCGACGGCGACGAGAGUUGCAAAAAAGCAAUAGGUUUAGAUAAGCAAAACAACAACUUUGGAAGUUCAUUGCGUUUUUUUGUACAUUUCUUAGCCGUCGUUGCACGAUUACAACGUGUAAUUGCCGAAUUUCACGUUUUGUCGAGGACGGGAACACAAGACAACAACUUUCGUUUUCUUUUCCUGAAUUUUGAUACAGUCCUUUAGAAUUCAACUCCAAAGAAAAUUUGCCAAGAUUUGACCAAUUAAACGAGAUGGAAUAAGCGCAAGUAAGUUUGAGGCAGCGCAAAUUUACUUUUUAAGUGACGUUUUCGAUGCAGUCGCCGUUGUUGUUGCUUAAGCUACUAUUGCGACUUCCAAGGGACGGUGGAGGCAGCCUAGUGACCAUUUUGUGGUUUCGCGUGGGACUGGGUCCGUGUGUUGUCGAAUUGUACCCCGGGACGAUUCCUGGACUAUUUUGAGGACGCUAUCGCUUCUUUAUUGAUAAUUACAAGUUUGCACAGGAAACUGGGGCAAAAUUCGUCCCCCAAAACAGCCUUGCCCGCAAGUUCUUUUGGUGAUCUCUGGGCUCUAAUGGGAGAACAAGUAUAGAGGAAAAGAACGCGGAUAGGGGAGAGAGACUUCCUUGUUCUUUUUUUUUUUUGCUUUUUGUUUGUCCCUCGCCCCUAUCCUCCGAGCCAAAUGUAAAGAGAAAAGAAAGGGAGAGUUAGAGAACUUGUUCGCAGGGUAAUGAAUUCCGCCUCCUCUCAUUGCACACCCUAAGCAAAAAUAAGAGCCUAUACCAGACACUACACAUCGGGAACCAGACUCACGAGGCAAUCGCAAGUCAAAAUAAAUGUUGUUUACUUUUACAUAGAGUCAUCCUUUUGUAAUAAGCAAUACUUAAGACUACUCAGGCUUCGGAAAAAAAUAUUCAAGAGCUCUAAUGUCAAUACAAUCAACUUUCUUUCGUUAGACAGUACGUCCCACUUAGCACCGGGGCCGUUUUUCUUAGUGUUGCGAGAAAUAAUUUUUAAGACUUUUGUUGUGCGAGAAUAGUAAUAGUAUCCUUUAUAGCUUUUCCAUCACGUCAAUCACAAUUCGCAACACCAAGAAAAUUGCCCUUUAUGCAGCGUAUAUUUUGCAAUCUACCGUUUGUCACUCUUGUAGAUCACUUACAGUUUGGAUUUUAAACCUGAGCCGAGCUUGGUGUGGCAAAUGAAGCUGGUUAUAACAUUUUAUAAACAUGCAUUUCCAAAGAUCUGCGGAAACUUACAAAGAAAGGUUAGUUAGAUAUCGUUAAUUUUUCAUAUCUUAUUGGGAAACUCAAUUAAAAUUGAAAGUAAAGUAGAUUCACUAAAAACAUUCAUUUUUUGUGAAUCGCGAGCCAAAUGUGAUAUUCUACGAUUGUUGGAGACUUUUUGUAUCCAUUUUAAAAGGAAGGAAGACCUGGAAGUAACUUCUCACGUGGACGCUUUCCAUUUGUCAUAACCGGCCGGCCUUACCGGUCAGUUACCAAAUGAAAUCCACUUUUUCCAAUGGGUUUCUACUUUGAAAAAAAACACCUACUUCGUGCAUACUAUUUAGGAUUUGACUGAUCUGGCUGGAUAGUUUUCACGAAAAGUGAAAUUCUAAUUACGACGGGAACGGUCUGGCCGGUCAGUUCUGACAAAAUGGAAAGCGCCUUUAGGGCCUGUUUACGUGGAGGUGGGGGAUCCCAGGUCGGUGAGGUAACCUGCCUGUCCAUAUAAUCUCUCAUUUUAAUUUAAUCAUGUUUACAUGAUAGGUGGGGUAACCCGCCUGUCCAUAUAAUCUCUCAUUUUGAUUUGAUCACUUUUAUAUGAUAGGUGGCGUGACCCGCGACAUGUUACCUCACCUAUCUGGGUUCCCCCACAUCCAUGUAAACAGGCCCUUAGCGAAAAAUGUUUGGGUUAGGAGAGGGGUACUGGGAAUGAACAGUUUCCCCUAAUCUUAAACUGAUUGUAAAAUUUAAGGAUGUUCUCGAGUAUUAUAUGACAAAUGAAUUUUCUCAUAAACUGAGGGAUCAGAUUGUUAUUUGACAACUUGUCACAUAUUCAGACUUGACAGUGGUUUCAACUUUUCCUCAACUCUCUACUAAGCGCCAUCGCCUUGUUGUCGUCCGUCAGGUGAUUGUCACCGCUGUUCAAAGUAAUUCCUGGCGCGUACCAAAUGAAUAGGCCACUUCCGAGUUCCAAAAACCCUCACUUUCGAAAUGAGGCUAGGUGCACAACCCUUCUUGUGAAAAUGAGUUUUAUUUGCAAGAGAAUGAAAAAUGAUUUCCAUAUCAAUGGCUGAGCACCUACCCUUGUUUUGAAACAUAGGCCCGGGGGAACUCGGAAAUGGCCUAUUUGAACAUAAAACUUACCCUGUCCUGUACACCAGAAAAUACAUUCGUCACGUUGAAAAUGUCCCGAAUUUCUUCCCAACAGCCACUCGUUAACGCGGAUUUAAUCACCGAGUACAAAUUUCAUUUGGAGGAUGCAAUUGAUCGCCUCAUGAAGAAAAGUAAGUUUGAAUCUACUCUAUUUUCGAAUUAGUAGAGUGAUAUUUUAUGUGGGCAUUUGAUUACAAUAAAGAAAGUCUUGCAACCUUGUUAAACAGUUUAAUAACGCUAGACAGUUUUUUGGGGUGGAUAGAGUUUAAUACGUGCUGAAGUACUUCUCAUUUCUCAUGAGCACUUAUUCGUUGGAUCAUCAAAAGAGCAGUUUCAUUAGUGUAGAAAAAAUACUCACUUCCGCUGUCGCACAUUAAUUAUUAUUUUUUUAGUAAACUUUCUUAACAAAAAGAUAGGACGCCCUCUGCUCGAAACAAAGGACAUUCGAGCAGGCCUGAAAAUAAUUUUUCUUUGUAGAAAGAAGACAUAUCUGAUGUGGUCACUAUUUUAGUUAGACAAACUUGAAAAGUUGUCGGGCAUAGAUUAUGUUGACUUCUGAUGCCUUUAAUUACAUUUACUGUGCAAAUUUUCAGCUACAAAAUGACAGUCUCAAUGAUUGAGUAUUUGAUCUGUCCGGUCAUCAGAUCUGACCGUAAGUAGGAUUUCUUGGGACACGGGCAAUUUUAGACAUCGUCCGUUGACCGACUUUUAUUUGCAGCUCUGAUUCGAGUGGUUAUUUGUGGUUUAACUGACGGAAUGGUUGUUUUGCUAAUUUUAGAUUCAGUAUCAGCGAGAACAUGCUACGACGCCAACGAACACAAGAAGUUCUUCUGUCCCGCGAUGUGUUGCUUUGCUGUGUAUCACGACGUUCCUUUGCCGCAUAGCUUGCCGUCUGCCAUUCAACAAGGUAAGCUAUGGCAGUCAAUUUUAUCAAGGUAUAAAUGGUACUGAGAAUUUGGCAUUUUUAAAACUCAGUCUAUGGUGGCGGAUGAUUGCUGCGGCAGUUGCCUCGUCAGUAUUGUUUCUACGCUAUACCCCAAGCUACAAGUAGAUUGCCUUGUAACGGACACGUUGAGUUAUUCUUUGCAUCAGUCACUAGGUGCUGAUAAGGCGAUAGGAAGAAGUCUAAUUAGCACCCCUUUCUCCUUCCCCACAAAGAAAUAUCGUCGCUUCUACCAUUGUGGCUCUCUUUGCUUCUCUUCUCCGAGCCCCUUUCUUUAAACACAUGCUACCCCUCCCUUGCUAGCACGGAACCCACCGGGGAGAGAGAGUUUUCCUUCUCCCAUGAUACUCAUCAUUAUGUCUGUCAACUCUUUCUUCCCAUCUUUUUGUUCUUCAAAAUGAUUAGCGUGCGUCACAGACGAAACUAAACUCUCGUCAAUGGAGGUUAAAUUACGUCUUCGACGCAGGCUAAAAACUAAUUUAUAAUGGGACAGAAAAAAAACAAACCCUGAAAAAUUUAAAUUAGUCUAGCUUGCUUUAGCCGCGAGACUCUUAAAAUACGCAAGCGUUUCGCUUUCGAUGUCGAGCUUUUCUGGAACUGGUCGGUCCACGAAUUCUAUCACUCUAAAGCGUUGAUUACUCUGGAACAAAAACACUUCUCAAUGGUCGAAAAAAGGAGAAUCUUAAUGCAAAACUUCGAAGGUGAGGCUAACUGGUCGGCUGUUGUAAACUUUCAUUGUAUGCAAAUGAGUCUUGUGACGAGCAUGUGGUUUAUUUUCGGCGAUGAUUGAAAUGACGCGCCAUGUUCAUCACGCGUUUCUGCUCUUUGGCAAUGAUGUAAUUUCUCUCGAAUCGAGUCCCUUGAUUUUCAUGUAUUUACACACACGUACUUAAUCAAUUCAGGAACAAGUCGUUGAAUACGAUAUAAAAAGUAAAUAACCUGAAGAAUACUCGACUGUUGAUAAAGUAGGAAGUGAAAAACUUUUCUUAUCUAAUCUCCAAGCAAGCUAGCGAGACAUGCGCUUUUAAGAGCGUUCUUGUUGAUUCUUUAAUUCCUUGUCACCUCAGUUGCUGUUUUUCGUUGUUCUUCGCAGAUUUCUCCGGCCUUCCAAUAAUGUUACAAGAAGUGGGUGAUCUCCGAUUUGCCUUGUCUUCCUUGCUGAGACUGCAGACGCAGAGCUAGUACUCUGUCCUCUCAGCGUGUUCAGAAGAUCUAAGAGAUCCAAAAUAUCCAUCUUUUAAUAUCCACAUAUCGAUCAAUUGACAGGAAGCAUCCUCAAUCCCAUAGUUCUUCUAUUUGACGCAAGUGUCACACGGGUUUGUCACCAGUCCUUCUGGGCCAGUCGGUAACCUCAAAUUAUGAGUGGAAGUGAUCAUUGCUUCUUUUCUGCAUGCUGUAGCGACAGUAAAUGUCCUCAUAACAACCAAUACUGACGUAAAACCUGUCGAAACUCAAACUGUACAUUUUGCAAGAUUAAAAUCGUCGUCUCGUUUUGAGAGAACUCGACCGCGAUAUGGGAAGUAAAUUCGCGAGCCACGGCAUAAACACGAGUUUAAAGCAAAGGGAAAACAACCAUGAAACUGAGGACAAAAUCCUGACUAACCUAGACUCACCCUAUAUAAGUCAUGUUAGGAAAUCGAAGACAGUUUUGGUUUCUGGAUUCCACGCAAUGGAUUCUGGAAUCCAGGUGCUGGAUUCGGAUUCCUGAUUUUUUGUCAUGGGAACUUGGAUUCCGGAUUCCAGUCAUGAGCUAAUAAGUCAUGUAAGGAAAUCUAAGACAGUUUUGGUUUCUGGAUUCCACGCUAUGGAUUCCGGAUUCCAGGUACUGGAUUCCAGAUUUUUUGUCAUUGGACCUUGAUUUCUGGAUUCCAAUCGUUAGUGGGAUUCCGGAUUCCGCAAGCAAAAAUUUCCUGCAUUCCGGAAUCCCGAUUCCCUCACAUUAGGCGACUAGACGUACUCCAAUGAAACAAAUUAAACAUUAACUUAAAGAAUAAGAGAGACCUUAAAAAUAACCUUCCAAAUAGUCUCAACUAGGCAAACGUCAGAUUCGAACUGAAUAUAAGCAGACAUUUUACAAACUGUCGAAAAUAGCUCUUAUGGUUGAAAUUGCCAUGAACUGAAACUCUUACUCAGUUUCUAUUUUGUUUCAUUAUAAGGAUGAUAGCCUGUGUACAGAUGUCCCCUCCCCCCCAGAAAAAAUCGGGAGAGGAGACGUCUGUGAAUCGCCGUCGUUAAUCGGGAGAAGAGACGUCUGUGAAUCGCCGUAGUUAAUCGUGUUCCGGUGUACAUUUGCAUAAAUUAUUAUUUUUUUGUUUUUUUCUCGUAAAAAAAUAAAGGAAUUAUUACUAAAUUUCUUGCGGUCAGAAGAUGAUUAUGUCGAAGUCUCCCGUCUUAUUAAGUUAUUUAAUACUUUAGGAUAGCCUCUCUUCGUAAUCGUUAUCUACUUGUAUUGUUUUAUGUUAGUUUAAAUUCUAUUUACUGUAUAGUAGUGUCUUCACUGUUAUUUAAUCCAUCUAUAUAUAAAUCUUGUUUUGUAAUAUGUCUUCAGCUCCCCCCGCC